CUCUCGCGAGGCUUCCCCGGCGGCGGCGGCGGCGCCGCAGCAACGACGGCGGCGGCUUCGCUCUUUUCUGUCAAGUCCGCCGGGCCGGCAGUUAUGGCAGCGCUGCGGGGUCUCCUGAGGUGGCGUCGCUGCCGCCUCCCCAACGGCAACGACUCGGAGCUGCCUCACCGAAGGCGGUUGUGGGGUGUCAGGGCCCGGUCGCCGGGCAGCGGCGCGGCGCCGCUGAGCAGCUUGGGAGCCGCGGCGGCGGCGGGCGCUACCGGCGGGGCGCUCGCCUGGUUCGUCUGCCAGCGCUUCUACGAGCGUCGGCCGUCACCUCAGCAGAAGGGACGGAGCGGCGAGGCAGGCCAGGCCCGCGCGCUGCUGCCCAUCCCUGUCGCGGCCGCUGCCAGGGAUACGACGGUAGGUGUCUCCUCAGGAGGAGGGGCGCUCGGCAGAACAGCUGCCCUUAGGGGAUGCUCUGUGCCCAAGCUCAGCUCCCGCUUCCCAGGCUGAGGCCGCGGCUGAGGCGGGCGCUUUACCUGUUGCACGGCUGCCUGCGCCUCAGCCGCCGGCCUGCAAGAGGGCGGGAGCGUCGUCGGCAGCAGGCAGCGCGCCCUUCCCCACCUGCCGCUGCCGCCGCAGCAGCAGCCGAGACUUCGCUUGGGUCAGCGUCUCCUGGCGCAGCUGCUGUUUUGCAAAAGGGUAAGCGAGACGAGCUGCUCCGGGGGAAAUGGGAGCCGCCUUGCCAAGGAUGCUGCGGCCUUGGCGGAGCUCUUCUUCCCCUUUCUGUUCUUGGCGCCGUCCUUCCUUGUCACCGCUUGUCAAGCGGAGCUGCUUCGUCGUGCAGUUUGCUACGUAUUUCGCCUCCCCCCCCCCAAGUGGAGCCUGUGUGUGUGGUUUGUUUUGUUCAUCCCACCUCUUUAGGUUCCCAGAGUGGCUUAUGCAGCAGCUCCGUUGAUUUUAAAGGAAAAUGCAAAAGACAGCCUCUUUGGAUGAUCUCUUUGAUGUUCCCACCAGCUGGCUCCAUUACACCUGCACAUGGUGGGAUGCUUUGAUUGACCUACAGCAUUUGUACCUACAGCAAAAUAGACACCAUGAGUGUUUUUUUGUGUGCUUCUCCUUAUGGGAAAUGUUGUCUGUAGGAGGUUCAUUGUUUUGAAAUGGUCCUCCAUACUCUCCACCACACUCUGACGAUCAACAUUUUUUACUUUAAGAAGGAAUUUGACGAUCAGCAAAGAUGUUUGCCUGGAAGAUUAUUUUUGUUACACUUCUUCCCCACUGUUAGAAAGUAAAGAAAGGUUAUCAAGUUGCCAGCUGAUCUGUGCUACUCAUUUUAAAAGCUUAGCAGCUAGUGACAGCAUGUCCAGAUUCUUGUCUAUGUAGUAAAUAUGAAUAUGAGUACAGUACCCAGGGCAGUUUAGGAGUAGCCCUGUUGACAUCACAAUGUACUUGGUGAUUCUUACAACAAUAAUGGAACUAUUAAUAUUUAAUUCAAUACAGGUGUAACAGUGGCUAUUGUACAGGUGUUAACAUGAUGUUUGUCAAAAGCCAGUUUUUUAAUGUUUAUUGAUUUUACAAGAGAAGCAGUCACAAUUUUGUGCAUGCUAAAUAAGGUGCAAUCCAUGUAAUUGUAAACCCCAAGUUGGGCAGUUCAGACUUAGCAUUUGUUAUGUGGGCUUGUCUAGUAUGUGGAGUAUCAACACAGAUAAUCUAGGAAGGAGAUUGUAUUCUGCAAUUGACAUUAAGUUUUCUGCAAUUGGCAUAUUAUUCAUCUAUUUCAUAAAAUUUAUACAUGGCUUGGUUGUUAAAAAUAAAACCCUCAAAAUGGUAUACAGAUUAUCAUUAAUGAUCAUUAAGACUAAGAUAUAGUAAAAAAAAAAAAAGCAUCUUAUAACUGUUACAUCAAAACUAAGUGAUGCUACUAUAAAGAGCUACAAAUCUACAUUGAAUCAUUACUAUCCCAUUCUGACAGGAAACAAUAAUUUGAACUUGAUGCUAACAUACUUAACAAGAAAUUAUGGUCAAAUGCUCACAUCAAAGAUCAAAUCAAAGCAGAGCAGGAUUACUGGAGGCACGCGCUUCAGUGAGUUAUCCCAGUGACUUCUCUUUUGAAAGAAUGUGGUUUGGCAUUUAGGGGAGAUGAUGAAACAUUUGAUUCAUCAAAAAAUGGUAACUUCUUGGAUUGCUUGACUUGUCAAAUUCAGUCCUUUUCCAUGUGCUCACAUAAAGGUUCUAGUCAGCCAUUAUACUUAUCCAAAACCAUAUGUGAAGAGGUUAUCCAGUUGAUGGCUAAUACAGUUGGAGAAGCAAUACUGAGCAACAUCAAACAAGCAGGUUAUUUUAGUUUAUCAGUCAGUUCAACUCCUGGUGUUUCCCAUGUUGAUCAACUGUCAUUGUUGGGUACGUUUUUCUAGAGGUGGGUUUUCUAGAAAUGAAUUUUUUUGAGCUGAAAGUUCACACUGGUGAGUUGAUACUUAACUACGUCAGUGAACUUGAAAAUAGAUUUCAGUAAAUGUAGAGGACAACCAUAUGUCAAUGCAGCUAAUAUAGCUGGAAAAGUAUAACGGCAUUCAACAAAAAGUUCUAGAAAGGAACAAGUUUACAGAGUUUAUUGCAUGCACUGGACAUUCCCUAAAUCUAGUUGGACAAACCAUAGUUGACUCCUGCCUAGAUGCAGUGACUUUUUUGCCACAAUAAAGGAGCUUUCCCCCAACCCAGCUUCUACAAAAAGAUGGACAAUGCUAAUUCUUGUCUCUUGAGUCAAAAGUUACUCAACAUUUAUCAGACACAAGAUGGGAGGCUCACCAAAGCUACUGCAACUAUUAGUGAAAGUUAUGCUUGCAAUCAUAUUUAACUAUGAGCUUCUGCAGAAAAUGGAAGAAUUUGAAUUCAUUUUUAUGCUUCACCUUUGGACACAUUUGCUAGACCAAUUUCAUAAAGUUAGCAAGAUAUUCCAAAGUUCACAAAUUUCAUUCAGCACAUGUGUAAAUAUUUACAGCUCACUAUUGCAGUUCAUAUCAAACACUCAGUCUAAUUUUUAUGAAAGUGAACAGCAAGUAAAAUUUACUCUACUGGAUAUAAAGCAAUAACUUAUCAAAAGAAAUGUCAGAAACAGACAGAGUACAAAAAAAUACAGUGGUACCUCAGUUUAAGAACAGUCCUGUUUACGAACGAUUCGAUUUACGAACUCUGCAAACUGGAAGUAGUGUCCCAGUUUGCAAACUUUACCUUGGUCUAAGAACGGAAUCCGAACAGUGGAAGGGCAUUGGCAGCAGGAGGCCUCAUUAGGGAAAGCGUGCCUCGGUUUAAGAAUGGUUUCAGUUUAAGAACGCACUUCUGGAACAGAUUAAGUUCGUAAACCGAGGUACCACUGUACCAGUGAUGGGACAGAACCUGAAGCCUUAGAUGAACUUUCUCCAAGAGACAAGUUUAGGGUAUAUUCAUUUAUCCCUGUUAUUGAUGUUCCUGAAGCCAACCUAGAUAGAAUAGCAACAGCGUACAGGAGUGCAGCUAAUGAAUUUUCAUUUUUUGUGAACCCGCAAGUUUUCAAGGAACAGAUUCACAAUGGUGUUGAUGCAAUAGAAUCCAAAAGAUGCUGACCUUAGUCUCAUCAUUGAGUUCUUUCACCUGUCCAUCAAACAAAGUCACCCUGAAAAAGAAAAUUUCAGCCACCAAGAUAUGUGUCAUAUUAUAUUCCAGGAAAAAAAUUGGACAGCUUUUCUGAAUAUGGAAGCAAUUUUCAGAUUGUUCAUGUAUUAAUGUUUACAAGUUGUACUCGCAAAAGAUCAUGUUCUAGACUAAAAAGGAUAAAGGAUUAUCUAAGGUCAAUCAUGUCCGGAGAUCGGUUAUCUGAUCUAAGACUGCUCUGCAUAGAAAAUGAUAAACUGUGACUUACCGGUUUUAAAUAUAUAAUCGAUAAGUGUGCAUCCAAAAGAGCUUGAAAGACACUGUUCUGACUUUGUAUAUAGUGCAAUGUUGAAUGGCUUCAUUAACUUCCUAAUUUUGUAAACUUAUUAAAGGUUAAAAAUUUAUAAACAACCUUUUUAUCAAUGUUAAAAUUUCACCAGUGUUCUACUUUCAUGGAGUAGAUAAAAAAGAAAGCGAGAUUUGGUUUCUCAUGAUCAGAUGCUAUUAAGUUUGGGCCUCCCAAGGUUAUAUCUGGGUACAGCCUCAUCUUGUUUUGUGGGUUAUCACCAAACACAUAUGCAUCAAGGCAGCAUCAUUGAGGGAGAAAUGUCUUCAGCGCUAUAGAAAAAGUGGUAGUGAAGAAAAAAAUAGUGGCAGUAGCAAUCAUUCGAAUUACAGUUGGUAAGACACUCUUGGCAGUUCUAAGUUUCUCUAUUUGCUGCUUAUCUUACUGUUUUUAUUUUGUUUUUGUUUUGUUUUUUUUAUAAUUUUUUAAUUGGUUUUUCACAUUUUAUAAAGACAUAACACACACGUAAAAGACAAAAACAAAAAACAUGUAUAAUUUCAAAAAUCUUACUUUCUUAACUUUGGUCCUUGACUUCCCCCCACCCCCCCUUCAUACAUCCCAUUUCCCAUAGUUAUGUCAGCAAGUUAUUAUUUUACCUCCUUACCCUGUUAAUAUUACAUCUUUUGUAGAAGAUUAAAUUCUAUCCUAAGUUGGGCUCAGAUUCCCUUCCAUCGAUUUCCCAUUUUUUUAUUAAGCAUCAAUCAUAUUGACUAGACCCAAAAAUCGUAAGUGUUUUUAAAAUUCUAUUUCCCCCCCUCCCAUCCCCGGUUCGUCCCUUCCCAAGUACAUUUCUACAAUAACAGUUCUUAGCCUGGAUUUCUCACAUCCGAGGCCUUCAAGUCUCUUUCAGUCCCUCUCCGCCGGUUUUGUUGGUAGUCCUUUAUGUUGGUCUUCGGAUCUCGAAGGAGUUCUGUCCCAGUCAAGCCAGAUUUUCUUCCCACAAGAAAACUUAGAGACAACUGCUGCAAAAGUUCCACCAGUCCUUCAUAUUCAGAAUGGAGGCCCCCAUCAUAUUUCUUCUUUCUUUUAAGUUCUUGAAUUCCAAGUACUCCAGGGGCCUCCUCCUUCAUCUUUCGCAUCUUUUGCAGAUUUGUAAUCCAUGUAAUCCAAGGGUCUUCUUGUUUAUAAUCCACCUGUGUAGGCUUCUGGUUGGUACUUUCCAUCUGUGCUUUCUCCUUUCCUUGUUUAGUCUCCUUCAAUUCUUGAGAUAUCUGUUCCAGUUCAGCUGCAGAUUUUUUCUCAUUCAGAUCCUCAAUACAUUCAGCAGAGCUGCUUAUUCCAGAAGUCAAGGUCGUAAGUUGUUUAUUCAUAGCCAGACUCUGCUCUUGUAAAGUUCCCACAAAGUAACACAUUCUUUCUAUUUCAGCUAGUAAAUUUCCAUCCGCAGCCAUUGUAAUGUCUCAGAAUUCCCUCUAGGGGGAAUCUGGUUACUUAGUAAUCUUUUCCCAACAGUCCUUUGCCUCGUUCUUUGUUUCUUUGUUUCGAACCACUUUAAUUCAAUUAUAUCACAUUUAGUCCAGGGAGAUCUUAAAUAACACGCUUUUUUACUUUAAAUUGCCCGUUUGACAGCUUUAACAGCUGUCAAACUCCUUUCCUCUUCAACAGGCUCAAAGGCAGGACGCUCCCGGGCCCGGAAGGGGGGGGGUUACACACCACAAGAGAAAAACUUCUAAAAUUCCACUCUUACACUCCAGCUCAAAACUUCUUUUAUCAAAUCGUGAAAGUUAAUGUCUUUUAACGCCCCCCAAAGGGGUAAACUCUCCAACUUAGUUCUCCUGCUAUUGCUUUAAAUCGUCUGCAGAAGGGGGGGGUGCGGACUUCCCUUUAACACACCCCCGGUCGUAUCAAAUUCACAAAUAGAUAUUUUAAAGUCCGAAUUCCAAUCUACUCACGGGUUGCUUCUUUUCGAGUUCCGAAUUUAAGGAAAAAGUCAGUGCUCUUCAGCCAUGGCACACGGCUCCGCUCCGCUGGGGGUAGCGGUCUACUCCCAGCACCACGCCGCCUUCCGUACCCUCUCCGUAGCCUUUAAAAAGGCUCUUCGUGGGUCGGGGGGGCGCUUAAGGUGCCCACCGAGUCACCAGGUCCGCAGGCAUCCGCGCCUGCGGUUUUUGAGGGUCUCCGCGUCGCCGUCGCGGCAAGACCCGUCCCCAGCGGAGCCGAUUCCCUCCGAAGCUCGGAGAGAAUCCGCCAUUAGCUGUUCGCACCAACCCGGAAGUCGCCCUUACUGUUUUUAUUUUGGCAGCAUUCCUAAUGUGCAGGUCUAAGUAUGUUUAUGAAUUCCUGCAUAUUUAAGUUUGUUUACAUUUCUGAAACAUAACUUGCCAAAAGACUUCUCAGUUUUGUCACUGCAACAGACUGACAUGGCUAUGUUUCUGUUUCUCGUGGGGUCUGCAUGUUGGAGAGUACAGCAGGGAUGCAUCCAUCAGUCUACUUUGUUACAUUACAUCCCUGCUUAGGAAAAAAAAACAUUCUGGGAGACAAGCAUUUUUAUAAGUAAAAUCAAAGUGGUCUCAGAUGGGAGCUAGGGAGUAGUAUAAUAAAUAUGCAAGAAGUACAGCCAUUAGAAGCAAUACUUGGAUUCUUUGCUUUGUACACUUUAGGGUAAAUUCAAUGAAACUCUGGGAACAGAGAAAUUGGAGAAAUAAGAGUACCCAACCAGUAAUGUCAGGAAGGCUAUGAAGGGUUUCAGGAAUGCUACUGAAGUAGCAUAGUUAGAACACUUCUAGAUUUCACAUUGAUACACCCAAAGGUAUUGAAAAAUCUGGGAUGAAAGCACCUCUUCUUCUCCUAAUCUGAUAUUCUGCCAUGUUUAUUCAUUUUAUAGAAAUCCUAAAACAUUUACCAGGUGCUUUAUAUAACCUAUAUAGAUAAUGAAAGAAAAAAGUUUAAGAGGGUGUUCUGAGCGAGGGUGAGGUAGCCUGAUAAAAUGUUAGUGAAGAUACAGAACAGAGCUAGGGUGACUUCUCUGUGAUUUGUAAUAAUCGUGGCAAUUUUCAGCUGCGCUGGCUGAGGCUAAUGGGAGUUGAAGUCCAAAACAUCUGGCGGACAUGUUGGUGGAGGCUGCAGUAAACCAUGGUUUAGCGUUAUGAGAAUAAGUUUUCCUUCCGUUUAGGUUUACACGUUCCCCUCUUCUUCUCCAGCACAGCCCCAUGGAAAAGAUUGGAAUCUUUCACUUCCAUUUUGAUUAACCACAGCCUACCAUGCCAUUCAGACUUAAAUAAGCAAUGGUUAGUGCAAACAAUCCAGCUUCAUAAACUAUAAAGUUGGCUUGUUUUCACUAGGCAUAAGAUUAACCAUAGGUUGUUUGGCCCUGAUCAGUCAAGGAAGUUGUGGUUAAUCAAAAGCAAAAGCUUCUUCCUCGCAUCCAUGCCGGAGAGGAGAAAGGGAAGUAAAAUGAUGGUUAGCAUUAUGUCCAAAUCAACCCCUUGUCUUUUUAUGUACAUACAGGAUUCGAUAAUAAUAUAUAAGUACUCUGGUGAAAUCCUGAUCUGCUGAUCUGAAAAUUAAGGUCAGCUUUUUUCCUUGGAUUUUUCACAUUCACAUGUGAAUAUGUAGGCAAGAAGUACUGCAUUAUAAGAAUUGUAGUACAGUAGCCAUACAAGGGACGUGGGUGGCGCUGUGGGUUAAAUCAUGGAGCCUAGGACUUGCCGAUCAGAAGGUCGGCGGUUCAAAUCCCCGCGACGGGGUGAGCUCCCGUAGCUCAGUCCCUGUUCCUGCCAACCUAGCAGUUCGAAAGCACGUCAAAGUGCAAGUAGAUAAAUAGGUACCACUCCAGUGGGAAUGUAAAUGGUGUUUCCGUGCGCUGCUCUGGUUCGCCAGAAGCGGCUUAGUCAUGCUGGCCACAUGACCUGGAAGCUGUAUGCCGGCUCCCUCGGCCAGUAAAGUGAGAUGAGCGCCGCAACCCCAGAGUCGGUCACGACUGGACCUAAUGGUCAGGGGUACCUUUACCUUUACCUUUAGCCAUACUGUAGAAAGCUGUCUGUGGACAAACACCAGCUCCCUCAGCCUAAAAACAAGAUGAGCGCUGCAACCCCAUAGUCUCCUUUGACUGGACUUAACCAUCCAGGGAUCAUUUACCUUUUUUUACAUGAAAGUGAAUAUAUUGCAAUACCACAUAAUACUGAUUGGUAGAAGUGUGACAGCAAUGACUGCUCCCCGCAUAAAAACGGGGGGCUCCCUUUGCGUGGACGCGCGCAGCCCCUGGAUCUGGAGCGGCUCCAUCAGCAUAGGCUUGGCUUUGCCUUCCCUCAGGUGGGAUACCUGGAGGUCUCCGCCUACCUCAGUCAGCUGUCCAAUCCCACCUGGGGGAAGCGUUGCCAAGGAGACCAGGCCAGGUAGGGGAGGGACUACCUGCCCACACAAUAGAGGGAGGAUCUUACCUGGGAAUCCUCACUUGGCUCCAGAGCUUCUCCCACCCUACCCACCCUCAGUUAAUGUCUUGUUUUGCAGGUUAACUUUUCUUCACAGGUUUGCAGGUUAACUUUUCUUCACAGGUAUGCGGGUGCUGCUACAUCAAGGUUGCUGUUAAAGGGCUGGAAAGGAAUUUCCCUGCAUUGGCAGGUUUCGCCUUUCCCAUAGCAAAACGUCACAACUUUGGCGGUAUCAGGCCUUGGGCGGAAUCCUUUAGUCUAUCUUCCUCUUUGCAGCGGCGAUACCAGAGUUCCCCGUUGAAGGGAGGCUUUGACCGUACGCCAAAAGGUUGUCAUUGCUCUCCCCUGCGGCGGCGGUGUAAGGGGGCGGCUAUCUCUGCUUGAACAUAUGUUCUCCAGAGCCGGCCCAUCCCCCCCCCCCACACACUGAAUAACCCAGAUGCUCCCUAGGUCCCCGGCUGGGGAGGGAUAACACCCAAUGCCUGAGCCAAGGUCUACCCACAUUUGAAAUUUAAUAAAGUUGUGGCCAAUUUAAUCCCAUAGCACGUUGUCUUGAGUCGUUAUUCCACAUGACGGGGGGGGGGGCGCUCGGGAUCUGGGGGACUCCGCCUGUCCGCGCAAUAAGAAUUUUGGGUGCAGGAUGUGUUUUACCAUAAAGUCAUUGAAAGUUUGGCAACUUUGUAUGGUCAAAUGUUUUUGGGAAAGGAUUCUGAACUACCAGAACUGUGACGUUCCCCUUUUAAAUUAUGACAGAAAAUGUAAUAUUAUAUAUACCUACACUUUUGUGUUUUUAGAAUAUUUAUAUAAAAUCCUGUAGUUAGAAAUCACAUAGCUGGACAACUAGUACAUUCUGCUCCAGAGUUUGCUAAGUACCAAAACAGUUUUGUCUGCUUUGGGAUUUUCCCACACUAAGAAUUUGAUGUUUAACCUUUUGGCCACCCAGCACGCAAACAAAAUUAUACCACUUUUAUCUACUUGGGAGCAUAGUAUGUUAGCCUGAGGCCAAGUAAAGCACAGCUUUUUAAAAACUGUUUUCUUUUCCUUCAUUUCCUUCAUUUGUACAGAAUCACACUAAUUUCAAAGAAACUGACUUUGCAUCAAGGAAUGUGAAAAUUGCUCAUUUAAAAUAAAAAGAAACGCUUUAUAGUAAACUUUGAUAAAAGUUGUAAGAACUUGGCUUGAAAAUGGGAAGUGAUAAUUUCAUAAGGAUUUUUGUUUUAUAGUCACAAAGUGUUUACAUUUUUUAUAUUAAGUGUAAAAUUCAGCAGAAUAAUAAUCAUUGCACUGUAAUUUUGUGUCCCCUGCACUUUGUGCAGCAACUUUUCUUUCUAAAGGCUGAGUGCAAAAAUACAGCUACUACCUUUUUGGUCAGAAUGUGCUUGUUUCAUAGUACAGUGAUUUCAGUCAGAAUCUCAAAUGGAUUAUCUGUCCCACUGUGGAAAUAAAGUACUGUAUCAUAUACUAAUUCAUGGCACAAUCCUAUACUUGCGCAGGCUGUGAGUCUUUAGAAUUUUGUAGAAUCCCCACUUAGCCUCUGCAGCACCAGAUACACCACAGUCAUGACAGAUAAACCAGUGUAAUUCCCUUUAUGCACUGGUAUAGUUGUUCCAUCAGCAAAUAUAUGCCAGCAGAACAUCUAUAUGCCAUGUCCUAUGCUCUGCCAUCAAUACAAAGCCACACCCUGUCAAUGGCACAACUGUACAUCAACACUGGGCAGAGCAGAAAGGAUUUUGAUUUCCCUCUGAUUGACUUCAGUGGGAGCUGAUUUUGGGAGCUCAGUGGGAGCUGUCACCACAACAGAGCCUAGGACAGGGGUAGGCAACCUAAGGCCCGUGGGCCAGAUGUGGCCCAGUUGCCUUCUCAAUCUGGCCCGCGGGCAGAACGGGAACCAGUGUGUUUUUACAUGAGUAGAAUGUGUGCUUUUGUUUCAAAUGCAUAUCUGUGUUAUUUGUGGGGCAUAGUAAUUCGUUCAUUUUUUUUUUUCAAAAUAUAGUCCGGCCCACCACAUGGUCUGAGGGACGGUGGACUGGCCCACGGCUGGAAAAGGUUGCUGACCCCUGGCCUUGGAUAUGUUGUAACUCAGCACACAGCUGCCAGUAUGUAAGCCCCACGGGGGACACCACAACUCAGAUAGUAGGGCAUCUGGCUAUACCUCUCUGAUUCCAUGUGAUAUACAGUGGUACCUUGGGUUAAGAACUUAAUUCGAUCUGGAGGUCCGUUCUUAACCUGAAACUGUUCUUAACCUGAGGGACCACUUUAGCUAAUGGGGCCUCCCACUGCUGCCAUGCCGCUGGAGCACGAUUUCUGUUCUCAUCCUGAAGCAAAGUUCUUAACCCGAGGUAUUAUUUCUGGGUUAGCGGAGUCUGUAACCUGAAGCAUAUGUAACCUGAAGCGUCUGUAAUCCGAGGUACCACUGUACGCAGGGGUAACUCUGGUGAUGAGAAACAAUGGAGAAAGGGCACUUUGCACACAAACAGCUUGGCCUCACAAAACAGAUAGAAACUUGAGCACAUUGCUAACUCUUCUCUGCAUCAAACUCUCACAAGUAACCCUGCCUUAGGACUGCAGGUGCUCAACAACUCAAAUUCCACCUCCAAAAACGGGCUACCAGAACAGAGCGCCCCACACAGGUACACAAGGAAAGGUGAAAAUGCAUGCUAAAAAGUAGAACUUGUGUGACGUCUUUUUGCUUCUGCCUUCCCUUUGCCAUAUGUAAAUACAGUGCCUUGUCUGAACUAUGUAUGUAACAAGUAAAUAUAAAUAUUGUGAAUAAAAAAAAACUGAGAGAAUAAAAAAAAAUGAACUGGAUCUUCAACAUCCUGCCAUGCUGCAACAACUGAGGUGUCCAGGGAGACAACCCACACAUUUAAGCAUGGGACACAAUAGUUGUUCCAUAGCAGUGAAAGAGCUCCAGUCUUCUGGAUUUUCCGUGUAUAAGACUAGGGUUUUUUUCCUAAAAAAUAAUGUCAACCAUUAGGGAGUGUCUUAUACACAGAUACACCUCCCCUCAUUUUCUUAAAUCUGAGUCCCCCAAAAUUGGGAGUGUCUUAUACAUGGGGGCAUCUUAUAGACGGAAAAAUACGGCACUAUGUACUUGGUAUAAGAUUGUUCUCUCAGACUUGUAAAUGUUUUGACAUGAUCCAUUGUGCAUUAAAUAAACUGCAUGUUUUAAUGAUAAAUAGAAUGCAUGGUUUAUUGAUAAUGGAUAUAUUUGUUGAGAUGCUUUUCUUAGCCAUUGUUGGCAUUGGUUUCCAUACAGCAGGUCUUUUUAUCUUGUGUGCAGCCUUUUCUCAGUUGGAAAAUGACAGUUUGGGGCUAAUAAUGGUCAGCACUGGAUAAGAAGUGUUCUACUCUAGGCUCUGAACCUAGGACUUUCUGUGUGUGAAACCUAGGCUGUUUCAUGGAACUAGGGUUCCUCCUCUAUAAGUGAGUCAGAAGAUAGGAAAUGUCCAGUUAUGUGUCCUUCCCCUAUCUGUUGCUGUGGCUAUGUAGCUCAAGAGCUGGUUUACGGUGUAUCCGCUAUGGGUUGCAUUUCUGCUUGCUUAAUUUCUUUUACCUCUAUCUAACAUAGAUAUUGCUGGUGGGACAUGCAAAAGCUAUGCUGGGUCUAGGUUCUGCUGCUACUCCUGGUGGUCCUUGAACCUGUUGUCUGUAUCCCAUCCCAUUGCUCUAUCCAGUGAGCUGAUAGCAUGUGCUCAUGUCAGAAAGAAUGCAGUUAUAGCUUCUCUCAUUGCUUGUCAUAGGGCCUCCCUGGCAAAAUUAUGGCUAUUGACAGUGCUUUUUUCUGGGGGGACACAGGGGGACAUAUACCCCUAAACAUUUUGUGAAUCUAAGUUUGGCCUCAUUGAGGGGGGCAGUAUUUCAGUAUGAGUAGGAAAAUGAGAGUACCCCAAAUAUUUUUUUAGAAAAAAAGCACUGCCUAUUGCUAUGCAUCAGUUUGCUUCUUCAGUGCCUGACUAAUACAGGGAUGGGCUCUGUCAUUGGUGGGACAUUGAACACUGGAGGAGGAGCUGCUACAUUGUCUGGUGGGGUGCUGUCAUUUCAUUCACAGUUUUUCUCUUAGGAGUCCAUAGGAGCCUAACUUCUCUAGGCAGAACAGCAGAAGCCAGCUGUCAACAUGGCAGGCCCAUUGGAUUGCCCUGCCUGAGGCAAGAUUAGGAUGCAGCAGAAUGCAGACAAGUGUAUUUGAAUAUUUACAUUUUUUGGAAACAUAUUUUAUUGGAAUUCCAACAAAUUACUGUAAAUCACACAGGCUCUUCCAGCCUGGUGGUUUCUACAGCAGGUGUUCUGCAAUGUGUUCUUCACACAAUAAUAGUGCAUUGUUGGUGGAUCUGUUUUGGACUUCCUUCCUCUUUAUUACUUGCUCUGAAAUGCUUCUCCAAUGCCACUGUUGGACAAAAACCACCCCGGAUCACCUGGGCUUUAAAAAGUUAUGGGAUUCCAACACAAGUUGCAGGUUAUAUAAAUAGAGCAGUAUUGCUGCCUCGCAACUUCUGUAAACGCAAAUAGUGUUGAAAGUGGGAUCAUGGAUGACUGCCCUGAUGGCUGUAUGAACACAAAUAAUCAUAAAUGCACUAUCAAAAGGACAUUAAAAGAAAGCUACAGCUGGGUUGAUGAAAUAUAUAAGUUGACAAAAUGGUUUUUGAGCUUCAUUUAUAUACGUUGAAAAAGUUAAUAAUAUUGAUAUGCUUGGGCUGUUGUCCUGGAAGAAAGCAGGAUAAAAUUCAGCAGGACUUGCUUCCGAUUAAGAAAGCAUUGAAUUGCUUUGUUCUGGGAAAAGUGACUUGAUUUGGCGUCUGAAGUUGUUAGCUGUUUUCUGUCUAUUGCUACAAUGUUGAAUACAUAGGGUAAUUCUUCUGGAAGGCAGGUUAAAAUAUUUCCAACAUAAGUGUUUCCUAUUCUGAGUGUGUAUGUUUUAAGAUGUAAAUUUCAAAAUAAUUCAUUGUAGUUAGCUUCCAGAUUUCACAUAGAAAUACACAUUCUCUCUAAAACCCACUUUUCAUAAUGGUAAGAAAAUGCCUUUAAUUAGAGAUUUGUGAUGGUUUGCUUGAAAGAAAUGGCUGUGUCCAGUUUUGUAAAGGUGCUGAGCUAUAACAUGAUACAACAUCACUGUAAGAUUGCCAAGAAGAUUAGUAAACAAAAGUCUUAACAUCUUUUGAUAGGGAUAUGCUUUCAUGAAAGUUUUUGAGGUUUGCCGCUAAUUACUAGGAGAUUUGGAUCAGAUAAUCUCCAAAAGUAAGAAUAGAAACUGGACCCUUAUUGACUCUUACCUAUUACCUCACCAGUGCUUUUGUCCUUUCCUGGAUCUCAUUGCAUGGUGUGUCAGGUGUGAUUUCCAUUAUGUUUUGUGAAAACGUUUGAAUCUGCAUGACUUGGGCACACUUCUGCCAUCUUUGUUCCAGAACACCACACAUUCAUAGCAGCCCUAAUACUUAUACAUGGUGGGAGGCAAGUUCUUUCUCUGCCCUGCUUUACAAGUUGCUUUAUGGAGGGAAAGAGAUUAGUUCCAUUUAAACCAUUAAGCCUGGCCAAAACAAGGCAGCAUGAUUUGUUGGCAAGUUUCCUGACUACCCCUUAAAAUAUAACACAGUACAGACCUUUUAAGGCACAGAGAGGGUGAAAACAGCACUGAAAUUAUUAUUCUUAUUUACGCGAGUUGGGAGAAAGUUCUCAAUAAUUUUCCAGGGAUGGAAUGGCUUACCAUGCUAGAUGUCAGCAGGUUGCAGUCUUGACACUGCUUCAAGCAGUGGUGGAGCUGCAAUAAGCAACAGGGAAGUGGAAACAGCCUUUAAAAUAUAUACUUAUUUAUUGCUGACAAUCCUUCUGGAAAGAAUGCUAUGGCAUGGCAUGGUUCCCGGACUAUACUCAAUGAGGGAUCCCACCAGCUGAUGCUGGCCAUUUAACUCUGCCACCACUUGAACUAACAAAACAAUUUUUUUAUGAAAGAAAGGCUGCAACCCUACUGCCUACUCAUACCUAUAUCAUAGAUAAGCCCCACUAAAAGUAGGAUACAUUUCUCUUCCUGCCCCCUGCACACACCUACUCACCAAAAAAAAAAGACCAAAAAAUAAUAAUUUCCCCACUUUUGCUGGAGAUAAAUUGCACCUUGAAAAGGAAGGAGGCAUUUUUAGCUCAGUACUAAACCAAACCAAACCAAACCAAACCAAACCAAACCACAAACCCAUUAUGAUAGGGCAUAAUAGUUGAUAUGUCCUCUGUAAUAGAUGCUGCUUUUAUAGUAAAGUAAUACAAGCAUAUGACUCACAUUUCUUUCAGCUGUAGGUUUAAACUAUAAGUGGGAGUUAAGAAAAGGAAAUAUAUAGUCUAUGAUUAAAGAAACAACAACUGUGUUGUGGGAUUGAAGGUGAGAGGGAGGUCAGCCAGUUAAAACUGUGGGGGAGAGCAUUAGGAUCUCUGUCAACAAAACAGCUAACACUCUCUUGGUUUCUUUUGUCUUUUUAAAAGGGCACAGAAAGCAGACCAGAUCUUCAAGAGUUGGAUCUUUAUGCAACUUCCCGGGAGCAGCGAUUUCGCAUGUUUGCCAGUUUAGAAUUUGAAGGGCAGCUCUUUAUGACACCAUAUGACUUCAUUCAGUCUGUUUCAAAUGACGAACCAAAGAGUAAGUAUAGUUUGUUGUUGUUUUCUGAGUGUGGUUUCUGAGUCAUUCCAAAUAUGCGUUCCGCAGAACAAUCUCCAGAACUUUAUUGAGCUAGACUAGCAUUUUAGUAAGAAGCCAACCCUCACCACCUGAGCACUCAAUCUAGGUAUGUGUGAAUAAAUACAUAAAUUUCUCUCUGUGUGCUGCUUCUAUAACUGCCUUUGUUUGAUGUUUUGAUCAAUUUCCUCUGCAUCCACCACCAAUGUGUUUGCUACACUGAAUGUUCAUAUGCAGUCUUCCAGUUUUUUGAUUAAAGCAUAGCUUCCCUUUUGUGUGGGCUCACUUUAGGUAUCCCAAGUAUUUACAAUUGUAUAUUGGUACUGAUAUUUUCAAACUUUAAACCAUUGAGCUUUGUGAAAUCAAGGGUAAAAAUUUAAAAUAGAAAUAAUAUUGGUUUCAUGGUCCCUUUUAGGCACACUAAAAUUUACUAUGCAAAAUACUUUUAAGCUGAUGUUAUUGUUUGUAUGAUGCAUUUUCCAUGGGAAAACUAGUCAGAACCCUCUCCCUAGGGUUCUUGAAAUCUAAAAUAAGCAACAGGGAAAGCAACCAAAAGUAGGAGAGAAGAGACAAGAGUAGGGAGGGAGGAAUAUGAUUAAAGAAGGGAAUGAGGAUUAAAGGGAUAAGUCAAAGGCUGUGUGGAAAAGGUGGACUUUGAGAAGCAAUUUGAAGGAAGAGUAAGGUCGCAAAAGUCAUUUAAACAGUAAUAACUCUUUUUUACUUUUUUGUAUAGAAAAACUAUUAACACUAAAGAACUGACUGGUAACUUAUCUGCUUCUGGGCUCAAUUUAAAGUGCUGAUUUUAAUCCUUUAAAGCCUUUACAUGGCCUGGGAUCCACAAACCUGAAAGGCUGCUUUUCCCUAUAUUAGCUCAUGCUCCAAUUGAGCGUAGGUCAGCAAGCAUUGCUUGGUGUUCCAUCAUAGUGAAAGAGAAAAGUGGCAGUAUGGGCCUUUGUAGUUAUAAUUCCUAAGAUCUGGAAGCCUAAAACCAUUUGCUUUUGAAUAUUUGGAAACCCACUUUUUCUUUUUUGCAUUCUGGAUAGGAAGUAAAAUGUCUCUUUUCAGCAAUUGGGGUUUGAAUUUUGUUGCUUUUUGUUUUGUACAUUUGGUUGAUUUCUGUUCUGCUGUUCAGCCUGUUGAAACUGAAACUUGUGAAUUACUACUACUACUACUACUACUACUACUAAUAAUAAUAAUAAUGUAAGCAUAAUAUAAAAGCAACACAUUGCAGUAAAAGACAAGAGACAGUUCCAGGCUAACUUUCCUGGUCAAGGCAUUUCAAAGGGGAGUGCUACCAAUGGUGCAGUUGCGGCCAGACUUUGGGGUCUCAGUCUGGGGUCAUGCAGUCAGGCAUCACAACAGCAAGGGUGAUUAUGUCACCUGCCACCUCACCAUUGAAGGCAUGAGGAUGCAAACAAGGGCUUCGAAAUAGGUUUUCAGGUCUUGGGAUGGUCAUAUUGGAGAAGGCAGUUCUUAAGGUGCCUGGAUGAGUUUUUUUUUUAGUUUUUUUUUGCUUAUUUAAUAACCUGGUUUCGUUUCCUUGAUUGUUGCUUUGAUCUAACUGGUGUUUCUAAAUUAAUUGUUAGUUGUUUUGAGUUGCAGUCUAAAAAUGGUUUAUAUAAACAAAAAUGAUAGGGUGGUAUAAAAUCUCCUGCGAUUUUGAAACCUUCUCUAGUAGAGAUGGGGAACUUGUGAGCCUCCAUGUUGCUGUUGGACUUUAACUGCCAUCUGCCCCACACAGCAUGACCAAUGAUCAGAGAUGAUUGGAGUUGUAGUUCAGCAACACCAGGAGCGUCACAAGUUAGCAACCCCUGACCUAGCACCAGCUUAAAAAAAUGACCACUAUUUUGCUUUGCAGUAAUAAUCUGUGCAGCCAGUGCAGUCCCGGAUUCUAUCCCUGAUGUCUUCAGGUAGGACUGAGGAAAACUCUUGCCUGAAACCUUGGAGAGCCAACGCCAGUCAGUGUAGACAGUGCAGAACUAGAUGGAACAGCCAUCUGCUCAGUCGAUAGGACAGCUUCUGUGUUCUUGUGCUACUGAAAAUUUUGUGUGAGUAAUUAUUUCUGUAUUCAUUUUAGGGACAAGAAAAUGGAAGUCUCUUUCAAAACAGGUGAGCUUCAAUUCUGCACAACAAAGAAUUAGGAUUUGCCUCAAUGUGUGUAAUUGUUGUAUGUGUACUAUCUACAGUUACUUUAUAUUUUGAGAGGAAUGUCUGAAGCACUUCCCUUUGCUUGAAUUGUAUUAAUAGCUCAUAGGUGUGAAGAGAUUGACAUUAAAGUAUUCAGUAUUGGGUGAACUGGUGUGGUGUAGUGAUGAAGAGUCAAAAGCUGAGGGCCCUUCUUUCAAUUCCCAGCUCAGAUGUAACUCAGAUUGGUGACUUUAGGCAAGCUGCUCCCUCAUUUUCAUUUUAUGGAGAUGAUAAUGCUAGCCAAUUCAUAUUGUUGAUGUGAAUGAUGUGAAUGCAUAUUUUUAUUACAGUCGUACCUCGGAAGUUGAACAGAAUCCGUUCCGGAAGUCCGUUUGACUUCCGAAACGUUCAACUUCUGCUCCUGCAGCCAAUCAGAAGCCGCAGAAGCCCCGUCGGACGUUCGGCUUCCAAAAGAAUGUUUCAAAACCGGAACACUCACUUCCGGUCUUUGAUCGUUCAGAAGCCAAAACAUACGAGUUCUGGGGCGUUCGAGAACCGAGAUACAACUGUAUAUGUAAUCUGCAUUCCAUCAUUCUACUUUAUUAAACGUUUGCAUGCUGUUAUAACCUAGACUUUCCAGUAUCUUGUACCAUGGGAUUUAAUCCAGUUCUUUCUUCUCUGUAGUGUAAUAUGGUAUAUAUCUACUAAGAAGUAAGUUCCAUUGAGUUCAAGGGUACUUGCUUUCAGGUAGGUUUGUAGAGGAUUGCAGCCUUAUUGAGCCUUUUUAUCACAUAGAUAGUCGACUUUCUUUUAAUUACUGUUUUACAGGAAUUGAAUCAAAUACUUGUAGAAACUCCACCAGUUUGGAAAGGGUCGUCAAAACUCUUUCGUAACCUCCAAGAGAAAGGUACAGAGGAAUAUAUGUCUUCUAGAAUGUGAGAUUCCAGGAGUUCCAGGUUCUUACCCAGGCUUUGUGUUUCCUUUGAAAAUGAGGCACAGCGGAAUCUGCAGUGUCUUUAGGAUACGUGGUUUAUUUACACUUAUAUGCAACCUGAGCCUACAAUGGAGGGGAUCACAGCAUCAAUACCCCAAAAUGGGUCUUGUUUCUCCCAUAGCUGAAGCCUUUGAUUCAAGCAGAAAUCAGGCAUGGCUUUUUCUGUUGUUUUACAGCCUCUAUGUCACAUCAUAGCAAACUCUGCCCUCAAAUUCCCACUUUGUGCUACAACUGAUUCUUGAAUUAAGAGAGGGGCCCCUCUCAUUUGCUGUCUGGCACAGAGCCCCUUCUCUUUCACUUCCCUAAUGGCUCAUCACCUUCCUUUUGUUUUCCUAAUGGCCCAUCACUCCAGGUGAUUUCCUCAUCAGGAAACUGGCCUGCCUUAUAUUUUACCAUGGGCUGAAUUCCGUGUCUGGCACCCAGAAACUCAUAACACAGGGGAAUCUGGCACCCACAAACUCACAAUAGUAUUUACCUUAAGCCUUAGAUUGCCCUUUACCUUUUUAGAAUCUUCCCUCACACUAGCUAUUACUGUUUUGUGCUGAUUAUAUUGCCACCUCAAUAACUUGUACCUAAACGAAUAGUACUGCCUUCAGCAGACUGAGCUGUAAUUUGCCCACAGGAUUUUUCUCUGUUGCCUGCAACCUUUCCAGAAUCUCUCUCCCAGAACAGCAAGAGCAGUCAUCCAGAACUAUCUGUCUAUAGGAUUCAAUAUACUAGUACUGACAAAAAGCAGAAAUGUGUUCAAGAUUUCCUAGAUAGCUGUGUUCUUGUCUGCCUGACCUACUUCACAAGAGCCGCUUUCAUUCAUUGGUCUCCAGUAAAGUGACUUAAAUAGAACAUUUUAAAGUCAGGGGGCCUUUGUGUGUGCAGGCCUAUCUAGCCAGGGUAAGCCCUGCCCUUUGGAGGCAAAUGGUCUGAAGGAGAGUGAACAACAUUGUUUGUGGUGCAAUGAAUAAAUAGGAUGAAUAAGCAUGAUGUGGAAAGAUCAUUAAUCGUUAGGUGACUGAGACUUUCAGUGAAAAAAAUUAAAUGCCAGAAGUGUGAUGGCUUAAAUGAGCAGGCUAGAUUAGUUGUGCAACUUUGACUUUUUUAUUUUUGUGGCAGUGAGCAUAUGGGAGGUAAAAGAAAAAGACUUUCUAACAGUUGUCAGAUUUUGCAAUCCACUUUUGAGGGUUUGGAGUGUUGAGCAAUAAGUUCAUGUGGUUCAUGCUCUUUUAAGCUGAAAUGUAUGUUAAGUUUCAGUACACUUGAAUCUGGGCAAGCAUGUUGCUUUCUUUCCAAGUAAUUUAUAUAAAAGGUAUUUGUAAUAAGGUGUUGAAAUUAGUUAUGACAGAGGCAUUAAUAAAGAAGAAAAAUGUGAUUAGGCAGAAGUCAAAUCAAUGUAACUCAUUUUGAGUACUUACUUGCCAAAAUAGUGUACUUUAAAAUUUGAUUUGUAUGUUUCUCUAAAGAAGCAAAAUUCUGUGGCGGGAGAGGUACAUCAGAGAAACAGAGGGGGAAGGUUCUUAUGUUCUUAAAUAAAUGGUUAUAUAUCUAGCAUAACUCAUUAGCCAAGAGAGGCUUCUUGCAGAUGAAGGAGUUCCAGUGUGUUUGUAGAGUUGCCAUAGAAAGGGACUAUGAUAUGGGCAAUCCCCCAUUAUUUACUCUAUGGCUAUUAAUCUAUGACUGCAGGAAUAAUUUAAGUGAUUUGUUGCCUUGCUCUUUUCAGGUGUGAUUUCUUACACAGAAUAUCUGUUUCUAUUAUGUAUCUUAACAAGUAAGUGUUCAAAGUAAAAUUUAUAUCCUAUAUUUGUACAUUUCAUUCCAUUUGAUGCUCAUUAAAAUAAGUCAAUAUUUUUGUGGAAGGGGAAAACUCAUAAUUUGCAAUUUGUUCUUAUCUGCCCAUGAUGAAACAUUACUGGAAUAAUUCAGUACAAAAGUACAAAAGACAACUUAAAUCACUGUCCUGGAAGCAGUACUGAACAUGUUCUUUUCCAUAUUCAUUCUUCUGAUAAAUAAGUCUGUUACUAUUUCAAUCGGUUACCACAGUAGAAGUGGUAGGAGGCAAUACCAAAAUAAGUUUCAACGUCUUCCUUUCAAUCCCAGUUGAAGGGCUGGUUCCAGUACAUACGUGAUACAAUCUUCCAUGUGACUAUCCCAUUUCAACUUAGAAUACAUGUGUGGCAUUUUUUGUUUGAAAGAUUCCCAUUCCUCAAACUGAUGCAAUACACCCCCUAUCUAAAUGAAUGGGGUGCUGCUGUCAAAAACUCAUUAGUGAACUGCUUUCUAAAAUUGCAUGUUACCGUGGAGGUUCCUAGGAAUUAUGUGAAGACCUAAGAUUCCACCUCCUCUGCACAACAGCCAAGGGUCCUGUCAUGAAAUAGUGCUGCAAGAACUGAUAAAAAACACCAAGUUGGUACGUGGUCUUUAUGAUUUGAGCAAGGGUUUCCAGAAUGUGACCCAUAGACCACAAGUGGUCCAUGAACUUCAUUUAGCUGAUCUGCAGUGGCAAAUCUACAAAGUGACAUAGCUUACAUGUGUGUGAAGACUCUCAAUACUUUUCAAGUGGUUGGGAUGGGGUGUUGGUUUCAGAUUAUAGUGGUACCUUGGGUUACAUACGCUUCAGGUAACAUACACUUCAGGUUACAGACUCCGCUAACCCAGAAAUAGUACCUCGGGUUAAGAACUUUGCUUCAGGAUGAGAACAGAAAUUGUGCUCCGGCAGCGGGAGGCCCCAUUAGCUAAAGUGGUGCUUCAGGUUAAGAACAGUUUCAGGUUAAAAACGGACCUCCGGAACGAAUUAAGUACUUAACCCGAAGUACCACUGUACAUGGCCUUGUUGCCAUGCUGACUGGAACUGGCCCACAGCUAUGGGUCAAAGUAGAAACCAAACAUUAUGUAUGUUUAAACACAAAAUUGUCACAGUCGUGUAGUAUAUGUCUGAUUUUAGGCAGUCUGAUUUUAACAGCAGAAGUGAGGUGAACUGAACCCUGUCUGCAGCCCAUCACCCCAGGUGUAUCCUUUUAAAUUGCUUUACUCUGUUACACCUUUCCCCUCUUUUUUUUCCUUUGGCAGAGCCACAUGCUGGUUUUCGAAUAGCUUUCAACAUGUUUGAUACAGAUGGAAAUGAGAUGGUGGACAAAAAAGAGUUUUUGGUGGUGCGUAUGUUAUACAUUGCCCUUUUACCAGCUUCUUAAGGGUGUGUUUGUUGUAUUUAUGUAUGUCGUAGCAAAAAACUUUUAAGUAAAAGUUGUGAAAUUGUAAAUCGGAGGGAAAUCCCUCUGAUUCAAGAGUCAGCAACUAGAUUGUCCGAACAAGCCUUUGUAUCCCACCCUCAAAGCAUGUACACUCUACAACAAUUUGUUUCCCAGUUACUCAUUGUGACUUUUCCCAGGUGGAUACUCCAGCUACAGUAUGUGGCCCCACUAUGAAAAGGGGGCACUAAGGAACCAUGUGGGUGGUUACCUAGCAACCAUGUGCAUGGUACACUCUUGUGGUUGUGGUGAUAAAGCAAACAGCACAUGCUUCACAGAGGAGGUGAAGUGUGUGGCGGAGGGGGGAGAGAGUUGGGAAAUGUGGGUGAAAAGAGAAACACUUGAGACUGAAAAACAAGCAAGAAGGUAAAAAGAGAGAAAUGAAAAUGAGAAAUUUCUCCUGUUUUUCACAGAUUGGAUAACUACAUGGUGGGUACCACCUAGUUAAGCUACAAUCCAUGGUAACAGUUUGGAGAUGUGGCAGUUUGGAGAUGGAAAGAAGGGGUUGUUGAUCAUUACAUGCAUGGGUAUUAUAAUAUCAGUCAUUAAGGGAGAAAUGACACUGUGCUGUUGUUUCAUGAGUUGGUUAUGCAGUAGCAAUAUGAUGACAACAAAUGAAAACUUUUUUAAAAAAUCUCCAUGGCAGGUUUGGGUAAUCUUUGACCCUCCAGAUGUUGUUAGAACUCUCAUCCUGUCCAUUGCCUAUGCUUGCUGAGGCUGGUGGGAGGUUGUAGUUCAGCAACAUAUGGCGCACUACAGAUUCCCUACACCUGUUCUAUGGUAUAAGCCUUGUGAAUUGUGAUCAACCUUUCGGAGCAAGAACCACACUACCAUCUGUGUUAGAAAAGACUUUACUAAAAAAAUAAUAAUAGUAAAGUAUGAAUGGGCAAAAAUCCUUAAUAUCUAUUCUAAAGAAAAACUGAGUGUUUAAUAUGCCCUCAAGCUGCUAUUUUAACAUUCAUCUGUAAUACUAGGAGUUACUGAAAGGCCAAGCAGACUCUUAAGUGAGUUCUCAUGUAAAUAAAACCAGUCUAAUUAAGGCAAUAGUGCUGCCCUUUAUUAGGUCCCAUUGCAUAAAGAACAUGAAACGUGACAAGGAAGAGCUUAUAACACCCAGUUUUUCCUGUAUACAACACCACACCAAAAAUUAUCCAAACCAAGUCAUCAAAUGCUUUACAGACUUUUUUUUAUUUAAAAAAUCCUGUUUGCUUAUGUCAUAGGUUUGAGGUCAGAGAACAGAGGGAUUUUGUUCCCUUGAUACAAGAGAUGUUGUUUUGUCCUUUCUGCUUUCAACAGUCAAUCCCAUUAUUUUGUUUCAGACAAUGUUCCUAUGAAAAGUGCUCUCAGAUUAAUUCAUGUUCACUGUCGUACUCUUUGGUAUCCUGUAGCACUUCUUCUGCACAAAAGGUUCAUUUCCAGAAGAUCAAAUGAGCCUUAUUGAUGAGUGCAACAAGAUCUUCCUCCCCGUAUCUGGUGUAGAGGAAAUCAAAGCAUGAAUUGGAGGUUUUAAAAAAGAUCUUUCUGCUUUUUCAAUUACCAACACUCUCCUUACCAUUUCAUGAUGGAUUGACCUUACUUUUUAGUUUACGCCAAUCUGAGGUAUUUCAAAUGUUCAAAAAGAAUAUAUUGUAUAGUCUCCUGGGACUGUGCUACUUCAGAAUGCAGAUGGGGUUUUGCAUGUUUGAAGGCUUCCCACAUUCUCUGUGCUUGGAAAACUAAUAUGCCAGGAAGAAGUCUAGGCUAGAUCCUUCUCCCUAAGGUAAUAGCUUUCUAUAUGUGGGAAAUUUUUGAUGAAGGGAACAAUCAAACAUGAAACCUCAUCCUGCAUUCUAAAGUUGUAAAAUUCCAAGGGGAGCAAUAUUCUUUUUCUGAGCAUUUGAAUUGGCUCUAUGGCUCAUUAUCUCUUCAUGGAGUCACAAUUUGCAAUGGAGGCUUGGAUUGGAUUGGAUUGGACCAGUGAACCAUGCUUUGGUGGGCACAUUCAGGUAGCUUUAUUAUUGGAGAUAGGUGCCUAUCAGUCCAAGUAUGUAAGGAGCUAUAGAUCAUGUUAGUCUAGUUGCCUGCUGAUAACAAAAUCCACUGCAAAACUUUCAGCUCUGUUUCUGACUACUUAAAUUGUAUCUGUUGCUCAAUCUCUCCAUUGGUUUUUAUGGUGUCUUUCCUACAUACACAAUUGCACAGAUAGCACACAGCGAGAGUAGGAUAAGUUUGUGUCAAUUGGGACAUACAUCACAGCAUUGCACUUGCUUCUAUGUAGAGAUGAAGGUGGGACUCAGGAGGAGAAAAUGUGUAUUAAAAACUCCAUUAUGUUUGUUAAAAAUAAGUUUAAAUAUUAAGGGUACAAUCCAACAAAAGUUAGUUGCAGAUAAGCCUCACUGCAUAUAACUUUUGUUAGAUAGUGCCUUGAGGCAUUAGUGUGUGAUGGCUUUAUGUCUGUAAAUAUCCUAAGACAGAGGAACGACUGUAGGGAACACAAUUGGCUUUUUUUGCAGCUGCAAGACAUAUUCAGAAAGAAAAAUGAAAAGAAAGAAAGAAGAGGAGAUGAAGAGAAACGUGCUAUGUUGGUAAGUAUUGAUGAAAGAAACCUGUGGACUUUCUGGUUUUCUUCACAUGAUUAUUGGAGCUCUAUUAUCUCAGAUACUGCACAGAGAAUGUUAAGUUUACAGUAAUAAUCAGAAGUACAUAUUUUCUAUUAUGAUGAACAUAUAGCUUCAUUCUCUGAAACUUUAACUGAAAGUGAGACAUUUAGAGAGAGGUAGGAGUACUGGUAUCCCAAUCAAAGAAAUGUAAAGUCAUUCAUAAGAAUGGGUAGAACCACUGGGUUCCACUCUGCUAGCUGUGGCAGUGAUCAGAAUUAUUUUAAUUCCAUUCCACCCCAACUUUUGAAUGUUUAAUGAAAAUCGUUCAGGCUUGCUACACUCAGAUCCAGCAAGGGGAAGAGGAAAAAAAACACCAGUCUUUGGAUCAGAGACUGCUGGGUGCAGAGGAUUCUGAUCUAGCAAGUCUUACUGUUCCUACUUUCUCUGCAUCUGAGGACACAUCUCCUAGGAUGUGGGUGGCACUCUGCAUCCCUUGACCAAAACCUUCAGAUUAGUGAGGGAAAGGUAAAAACACACACUACAUCACUAGGUCAGAGUCAUUCACAUGGGAGGGGAGGGAUCUUGCACAGCCCAGGGGCUGUGGUAGACCUUCCUAUCUCAUAAGCCCACCCCUGAAAAGGCCUACACCAGAUUGUGAUUACUACUGCCCUGUUUGGAGAAGGCAAUUGAGGACGUUGUAGUACAACAAUUACAAGUACCCUUUGAAUGAGACAGAUUGCCUUAACCCAUUCCAAUCCAUUUGCAGAGCCAGUUGUGGGACUUAAUCAACCUUGAUUGCCCUGAUGGAUGACUUUUAUUGACAGAAGGAAAGGAGGAGGUCAACCCUGUAAUCAUUACUUGAUAUCACAGGGGAUUUGAUACAAUUAACCAUAGUAUCCUCGUGAACUGACUUUGUGAGAUGGGCAUUGUGAACACUGUUUUACGGUGGUUCUGGGCCAAUCUCCAAGGUCAGUUUCAGAGAAUAGCAUUGAGAAUAUAUUUUAGACACCUGUCAGUUGUGCUUGUCCACAAUGAUAUUCAACAUCUAUAUGGAGCCAUUAGGAGAUUGGGGGCAAGGUUUCAACAGUAUACUGAUGAUACCCAGCUGUAUAUCUCUGUAACAUCUGUAUCAGGAGAGGCUGUUCAAGCCCUAGGCCUGGGGGUGGGCUGAUGGUGGACCAACUGACCCUGAAUCCUGGCAAAGCGUAGGUGCUGUGGCAAGCAGCUCUUGAGUCUGGGUAAUUGGUCAGUUUCCUGCUUUGAAUGGGGCCCUGCUUUCCCUGAAGGAGCAGGUUCAUAGUCUGGGGGUGCUCCUGGAUCCAUCUUUGUCACUAGAGGCCCAGGUGACCCGAGUAGCUAGGAGUGCCUUUUUCCAGCUUCAGCUGCUAAGACAGCUACAGCUGUUUCUGGACCAGGAUUGCCUGACAGCUGUUGUUUAUAUGCUAUAGGGAUGUGGGUGGCGCUGUGGUCUAAACCACUGAGUCUCUUGGGCUUGCCAAUCGGAAGGUCAGCGGUUCAAAUCCAUGUGACUGGGUGAGCUCCCGUUGCUCUGUCCCAGUCAUGUUGGCCACAUGACCCGAAAGCUGUACAAAGGUAUGCUGGUAACCUGUAGAUUGGACCUCUACAAUGCACUUUAUGUGGCCUGUCCUUGAGGUGCAAAAUGUGGCUAGUGCAAAAUGUGGCAAAUAAUUGUACAGAUUGGCAAUUAGCGAUGGAGCUGUUUUCAAGGUGCUGGUACCUUGAAAAGCUCUAUACAGCUUGUGACCAGGAUACUUAAAAUAUCAUCUCAUCCCUUACACACCCAACUGAUCACUGUACCCUGCAGAAAAGGACAGCCUGCAGAUACCAUCUUAUCAGGAGGUCCAUUCCACAUCAUGUCAGAAGCAGGCCUUUAGUGUAGCGGUACCCAUCUUUGGAACUCCAUUCCAUUACAUUUCAGACAAGUGCCACUGUUGUUUUCUUUUCGGCACCUGUUGAAGACUUUUAACAAGUAGAGUUUUUUUAAAUCCCCAUCAGUCUGUGAAUUUAUUUGAAAUUGUUAUUAUAUAUGUAAUUGUUUUGUAUAUGGUUUUCAUUUUAUUGUGAAAUUGCUUCAAGAUACUUCAUAGGCAGCAAUUCAUAAGGGGGGGGGCGGAUAAGGUGCUUGAAGAGGAGGCAAAAAUGAUGUCUUCCCUUGUUCUGGUUUGUUAUUUCUAGAGCAGCUGCAGAACCAGCCAAAAAGUGGUUCCUACAGAAAACUGGGCUUACUACAGCAAUGCUUCUGCCCUGUUGGAAUCCUGGUUUCUGUUGGAAUUCUGUUGUGGGUGGAACUCUGUUCAGUCGUUCAUUUUUGAUAAUCCUAUUGCUGUGGUGACAAUAGUUUGUUUUGAUGACCUGCUUUUUAAAAAUCUUAAGAACAUUUUAAUUUUAAAAAUAUUGUUGAACUUGUUUAAUUUUAAACAAAGACUUAUAUUUAAGUAAAACUGUAUUUCAUAACAAGUACAAUGGAAGUUGUUAUGCCCUAACCUACUGUUAUCUUUUCUUUUUAUCCUGGCUUCAUUUUGAAAUGCAACUCUUCAUUUCACUCUUCUUUACUAUAUCAGCAUCUCCAGCUUUAUGGAUACCACAGUUCUACUAAUGCUGUAUGUACUCUAAAUGUAUUAUACUUCUGAAGUAUUAAAUCUAUGUGAAAGCAGCAUUCACUACAAGAAAUGAUACACAGCGUUAAAUUAAAACCAAAAUGUUCAGAGUUGAUAAGAAACUGUUUUAAGGUUGCCUGGGGGGAAGCCUUAGGUAAGAGGAGAGGAUGCAGCUGUGACUUUUUACCAGCACCCUCACCAAGAGGACUCCAGUUUUACUCUAUAGCUGAUUUGGAAGGAGGAUCAAUGAAGGGGUUGGUGGAGGAAGCUGGUAGAAGGUGUAACACUUAUUUGUUAUUUCACUGCUGCAGAACUUUUAGAGGGGUGGGCAGGAUCUUUCAUUUGUAAGCUGAGUCAGUUUUAUACUGAAGAAAUACUUGGCCAUUUUUUUUUUAUAUAGCAUAUAGGCAAAGUAGAAGCACGAGGGAUCACUGCCUCAAUAGGUUCUUCAUUUUUCAAAUCCCCGGUAGAUCAGACUCUCUGACUGUUCACCAAAUGCAAGCUUUAAUCCUCACACUAGAUAAUAGAUUUUCCUGUUUUUGUUGAGCUCACCAUACCAUUUAGGGUAGAUAAGGUUAUUUUGAUAGGAUUUUAGUACUAGGGGCAGGAGUCAACUAAUGGAAGCCCUGUGCAAGGGCUUCUGCAACAGGGAUUUUCCCUUUCCUCCCUUUUACAUUCCCUGAAAUUGGUUCUGGAGGGGUUGGGAGCCCUUUAGCAGCAGCAUGCAGGGAAAAAGGAGGAACCGUUCUGCCUGACAAGCUUGAUUAAGUUACAAGAAAAAAUACAGGAACUUGCUUCUGUCCUCCCCCCGCCCCCCUUUUCUUUCAUAUUGUGAGUUACUUCUCUGGUGCAUGGCCUGGCGUAUGUAUUUCGCAUGCACUGCAUGUGCCGCAUGACUGGCUGAACUGAAAAUGUCACAGCUGAUGACUUUAGUAUAAUCUUUUAUGGAGAUGAAGCAUGUAUAAUGUAAAAAUACUAACAUCCUUGGUAUUGAAUACAGCAGAUAACAUCAAGUAUCAAGCUAGUUAGCUAGUAUUUUUACAGUAUAUUCACACAUGCACACACAUACAUUUCCUCUCACAGAAUUAUUCCUGGAUUGGGCUUUUCAAGCAAAUACAUUUUAGGAAUGGUACCCCAGAAUUGGAUACCGUUUUCCUUGUUUCACUGUUCAGACAAUAUAAUAUAUUUGCCUGAGAAUCCCAUGAUAAGGAUUAUGGCAAUGAGUAUUUGUCUCGCAAUUACCUCCAUUGGUCCAUGAGUUCUAGGCACUGGCCUGAGAAGUUUUUCUUUUGUCCAGUCACUUACUCAGCCCCAAGUUGAAAUGGAAAGAUACUGUACUACCAUUUUGUUGUGAAGCCUUCCUUGACUCUGCUAAACAGAUUUUAUUUGAAAAAAGUGCAUUGAUCACAACUAUAGGUCACAACUAUAGAACUAUUUAUGUCAUGGAUAAGACUUAUUGUGAAGGUUCUCAUCUGUAGAAUUUUAGGUUUAACAUGUAAAUGAUGCAAAAUUAAAUAUGUGCAUGCUUAUGAAGCAAUCCACAUACCAUUGAAGCUAAUGAGAAAGGUAUUUGCAUGUACUAUAUAGAUUAAGAUUGGCAAUCACAGCUACAUGAAAAUAUAUAUUAAUUUUGUUUCUAAUGUAUUGAUGCAGACUUCAAAACUCUUUUCUCUGCUGCUGGAAUUAGCCAUGAAGUUAAAUGCAGUGUAACUUGGUAAAGCGAAAGCUAAAGAAUACUAUUUUAAAAAACAAAAACAAAAAUUCUUGUGACACUUUAAAGGCUAACAGAUUUAUUCACAAAAGUUCCCAAAGUUUUUAACCAUAAUAAAUUCAUUACUCUCUAAAGUGCCACAACAAUCUUGGUUGUUUUUGCUGCAAUAGACUAACAUGGCUGCUCCUCUAGAAACCUUUUCCCCCCUAGUCUUUCUUCACACUUGUUUAUUUCCUGAAAUCUAAGUUUAAAAAUGAUUAAUAUCUAGGUUUAGCUGCCAGCACAUGGCUGCAUAGAUGUAUGUCCAGGGUCCUGUCACUCCUGGGUUCACAAGAUUCUCCACUUUUGAGAUUCAUUCAAUAUCUUCUCCUCACCCCUUAAAAGAAGAAUCUUGGUUCCGCCACCUCUGCUGCAGCACCUGAAAGAUUUGGAAGAGAAGAAGAGAGCUCAAGAUAUUUUUGUGGAAAAUGCUUACACCUUCAUUUGCCACUUUGGCAUUACCCAAAAGUUGUAUGAGUGCAGUGACAAAUGGUUUUUCCUGUCUCAGUAUAUGAAUGAUGCCUCUGAGGAUUGAGUCAGCAUUAAGAGCACUUCCCCUUGUACCCAACUCUAUGAUAUCAGUCAGCGUGGAAGGAAUGAGACUUUAGAGGAUCUGAUAUUCGCCCCCACAUAUUAAAUGCAUUGACAGCCUGCUACAUGCAUCUGCUUAUCCCUUGAACCAAAGGCCAUCAGGGAACUGCUCAUCAUCCUUUUGUAGUUGAGGGACGCAUAACCCCCAUCCUCUGUAGUCAACAUAACUCUUCCUCAGGACACCCUCCGUCAGGAAUAGCACAACUGCUACUAUCUGCCAAGGACAUUCAUUAUUAGGUGUGGGAUGGACGCAACAUUUGGACGUGGCUUCCCAACCAUUUCUACAUUCUGCUGCUUACAUAUAUACUACGCUACAGGGUGAUUCAUAAUAAAGUAUACAGUUUCAAUGCACUAUAAAAAAAAGAAUGUAAUAUAUCUUAUGUUACCUGUAACAGAAUUGUAGGGGAAUGUUUCAAGUUUUUUUUUUUUUUAUAAACUGUCACAGAUGUUCUAUGUGUGCACCCUUUGUCACAUGACACACAUCGAACUGGUAAUCCGUUGCUGCCCAAACGCGACUCAUCCUACAUUUUGAUUUUCCCAGGCUUCGUUGAAUGGCGGUGCAAACACUAUCAACGACUUCUUCCGAUAUACACAGUCAUCCAGGACUUCUAAGUUUGCACAAACAGACCGUAGUUUCAAAAAAAAUAUGCCAAUCAUAGAUACAUUUUCUGCUUGGAGGUUUUUUUCUGAAUCUCAGAAAAUGCCAUCGCACAACAGUUUUGCUGUUUUGCUCAAAUCAAGAACACAAAAAGGCCUUCUCCACUGUACACACAGCCAUUUUGCCUGACUAGUCACAUGACACGUGCGUUAUCGCCUAUGUCACUUCCCUCAGUAGCAGAACACAAACUUUAUGAGUACAUCUACCUCACGGUUCACAGUUGUGAUCCGUGUUGUCACCUGUUACUGUCUUACAGCAUCUAGAAACUCUAUACUUCAUUAUGAAUCACCCUGUAUAUUUAAUGUAAAUGGUCUUAGGUACAAACAUCAGCAGCAUAAUCACAAGUCACCUUGAACCGCUUCACUGUUUCUACUUCUGAAUUUUGCUAUGGAAUCUGACAGAACCACUACAAGAAAACAGAAUAUUACGCUAAAUAGAUUGUAUGACCAAGCAGCUCUUGGGUUCUGGUGAGCCCCUACUUCCCAAGAGAGGAUAGCUUUUACUGGCAAGUUCAGAUUGCACCACUGUAAUGUGUCCUGUAGUUCCAUUCCAUCAGUCUCGCUGAUGUCACAGGAACCUGUUGCCCAUUGAGCAACCAUAGGCACCAGGAAAUCAGGCUUAAGUAGAUGUCAACACCUGGUGCUGUGUGCUUCUAAGAGCUGCCUCCAUGGACUCGCAGGACAGUCUCCAGUGAGACCUAUCUUCACCGUCACCUGAGCAAUCCUACUCAAGACAGGAAAUCCCAGAAAAAGGUGUAUUUUACAGUAAUGUCAUCCAUCAGUAUCUCCCACUGACAGCUGUCUCCAUGGAGGUGAUACACACCUGCUGUUGAAGUAACCCAGCUAAAGUGAGGGAUUUCCCACCUUGAAAUAUUCGUAUUGCAGCAGCUGCUGAGAACUAUCUCCAUGGAGACAGCUCUCAAAGGGACCCAACAGCAAACACAGAGACAUGCAAGGAAUGUGAGUACAGGCAAAGUGUAGGAUGGAAAAUCUUCCCUUCUGCCCUGAUCCUUCUGCCUACUGUGAAUUAUUUCACUUCCUUGUUUAUAGUAUGUGUUUCUCACCUUUCUAGAUAUGCUACCCCAUCUUGUCACUAUAACAUUUAAGGAUGCUGCAUUUAUGGGUAUAAGAUACAUCCAUUCACAUCAGGGGAAGACUGAGGUGUGAUUUAUAGUGUUUUCAAAUGACAGCUAUGAUGGCCCUUGGGGGGAAAAAAAAAGAUACCAAAUCUUUAAUGGCGUGGUUUCCUACUGCAUGUCCUCUGCAUUUUGAACCAUAGGAAAGGAGGAAGAAAGAGAUGCUGUAGUACAGCACAAUGGCCAAUACCCUCACCUUAAUAUAACGAGAAACAUUUUUUAGAAACCAACCAAACCACAAGCACAAAAUCGUUUUGUAUAGAGAAAGACCCCUUCAUUAACUACUUAAAGAUGAUCAGGACUGGCAGCUGUGAUAGCAGCAAACAUGGACUCCCACCCACCCACCCCACACACCUCUUGUUGUUAUCUCAUGAAGGAUCUAUGAGCUGAGUACUGGACUUGUCUUGGAAAUACCUGGUUUUUUGUUUCAGUUCUCUGUCUACCACACUCCAUCCUCUUCAGCCUCUCAAAACAUAACUGUGUCCAGGAUUUCAGCACAAAUCUUCAUGCAAUAUUGCUGGCAAGUUUGGAGUCCCAGCACUACUUUUCUAAAGUACACGUGUUUGGAAUUUUAGUUCAAAUUGAUGGUACUUAUUUCUGACUAUACUUAUGGAUCAGAAUGUCAGCUGAAUAAUUUUGGUACUUUUCAGAAGGAUGACAUAGUAUACAAACAUGCACGUUGUAAGCUUCACUCUGUGUCAUCUGACAUGUCACUACAGAAAACCCAACAUGAGAACAUUAUUUCUUCACAUAUAAUUAAAGAUAGCUUUCUUGCCUGAAGAAAAAUAUCUAAAGUAGCUAGAAAUAUUUAUAUAAUAUAUAGAGAGGGUGUUCUUUUUAUCUUUUCAUAUAUGUUGGCUACUGAUCAAAACUCCGAGCAUAAUCCAGCCAAAUUAAAUGUCACUAAAUUCUUCUGAUUUCAGUAGGAGAUAGUUAAGCGUGUGCUUAAGUAUUUCCCAUUGAAAUAAAUAGAACUUAAAAUUCUUAAUUGGGUGGGAUCUUCCCCAUACUUCUUUUUAAUCUAGUAAGAGUAAUACUUCACAAGCUUGCUCCAAUUAAGAGAGAGUUCAUAGGCUCCAAUUAGGAAAGAGUUCAGUGAGACAAAUUAGUCGUGACUGAAAUCCCAUUUACUUCAAUGGAGAACCAUGACUAACUUUUUAAAUAGAAUGGGAAAAAAGUCUAAGAUUCUAGUGGCACAUGAAGAAGAAAACUUAUCACAUGAGAAUCAUUCUUUUUUAAAAUGUGUACAAAACUAUGUUUAGGUCCCAUGUGCAAAGCUAUUAUCGUAAUAUUUUUUAAAGGUGGCAAUAUCAACCUAAUAAGAUUACAUCAUCAUGAAUAAGAAAGUGAUUAUCAGGGACUUUGCUGCUUUGAAAAGGGCAAUGUAUUAUGUGUUAUACAGCAUUUUUAUUUGUGUAGAAAAAAUGGAGAAGGUGAUCACAUAGAGCUUUCUCUUUUUGAAGAUUAGUUAGCAAAGAUGUAAAAGUGUAUAAGCUGCUCUUGGUUUUUAUUACUUUAUUACCCCUUCCCACCAAACCUAUGCAUCUUGAAAAUUUUGCAGGUGCUAAAAACAGAAGGAGAGGACCUGGUUCCAAGAAGCUAUUGGGAUACUCUGAGACGUAGCACAAGCCAGGCACUCUUUUCGGACCUUGCAGAGGUAUAACAAAACCUCUGUAUGGUCCAUGAGCUGUUCUUCAGUUUUAGUUUUCUUUUUCAUAUUCCAUUUUAUUGUGUAUAUUGUAAAUAUUUUAAACUUUUUAAUUACCCCUCCUCCUUGCGUUGUUUUUAUUUUUCCCCAUGGUUUUUGUUUGGUAUUUACAUUUGUUAUAUUUGUUGCAUAAGAAAAAUAUGCAUUUGACACAUACUUUAAACUGCCAUAUUUCUUGUUUACUAACAGUGAAAUAAUUGGUUUUAUUUCAUUCUUGGAAUAUUGGAUAUCUUUUUAUUUUAUUGUAUUAUAUUGUAUUUUGAAAAGAUACUUCACAGUUAUAAGUAUGCCUAUCUUAAGAACUAGUCUUUUACAUUUGAAAGGUAAAGAUAGGUUCAGUGCUUUCCAUUUAAUGAACCAUCUGAUGAUAAACAUUUAUGUUUCAUAAAAGCAUAAGUGGGCAACCUUUCUCUAUUGAAGGGUACAUUCCCUUGGGGUAAGUCUGUCAGAGACACAUGCUGGUUGUAUAUGGAGCCAGAAACAAAAGUGUUAUAAAUUAGCUAACUUAGAAUGCUGCUCCUUACAUAGCAAAAGUGGGAUGAAAUUAUAAAAACCCAGGAAAAAUACAGAGGAAACCAACUGGAAGCAGAAAACACUGUAAGGAUGGAAUGGGACAGCAUCAUAAAAAAUUGAGGGACAACAUAAAAUGCAACUGGGAGCUGCUUGUUGCCUACCUGUGGAUUAAAGGAACAGCUCUGCCUGGUAACAACCAUUGUACAUUGGAAUAGCUUCCAUUUAUGAUUAUUUGGGCACAGCUAAUUUUAGUAGACAUGAAGUUGGGAUUAGGCAUGGGCAAUUGUUCAUACUGUUGCAUGAGGGGUUGUGCCUGCCAAGAUUCCAUUUUCUACAUUAUCUAUUGAAGGCACAGAAUCCCCACUGCAAGUUGAAAAUUCAUCUGACAUUAGCUCUGUGUCUUACUUGCUGAUGGGUUUAAGCCCCGUUUGGUGCAUCUACAGACCUCCCAGCUAGACGAAAGGCAAUUUUCAUAUUUAUGUGAGACUGACAAGGAAGAUAUUUGAGGAAGAGGAGACAUUUAGACUUCUUUCAAUGAAAGGAAUGAAUGCAUUAAUAAACACUGACUUGAGGCUAUGGGAAUUGAAGAGGGAAAGCAUUUUAUUUGGGAAGUCAGAAUUAAAGGGUUUCAUUCAGUAUGUGCAUAGAUCCUGAUAGAGUACUGCUGCCUAGAAUAAAGAAUUUUCUGGUCUUUGUAUAUCCACCCUAGGAUAUAGUUCAUACACAACAAAUUAUUCUCCAUGUUAAGCCCUUUUAUAACCAUUUUUUCUUUCUCAUCCACUAAUUCAUAUAAUUAUUUUCAUGUAGAUAUAGGUGGUUUACUUGUAGAGUAUUGAGUAUAAUGAUGAAUAUAUAAAAUUCAUAGAAAUUGUAAUUGUUUUACCAUGUAAGCAAUUCCCUUGGUCACCUGGGAUGACCUAGAGAAUACAAGUCCUGGGGUGCAUCUGUCAUGUGCUUGUAAAUUGAAUUUGCACCAUUUCAGGACCAACUGUACUCAGAGGGUUUGGAAGCUAUUGAUAUAAUGGUCACCUGUCAGUGUCAUUUGUAUGAAUCAAGUGUAGCCUUGCUGCAAGGUCUUUGGGAGCCAAUUAUUUGAGCUGGUACUGUAGGUCAAGCUUGCAUUUUCAGAAGGGCAGUAUUUUGAUAAAUAAGCAAUAAAAAAUAGAUGCAACAGUUAAUAAUGCUGUCCAGAAAUAGAAAAGAAAAUACACAAUCCUUCAUACUGCUUAAAUAUAUCUGGUUUGUGUACCAUAUGAAUCUGAAAGUCGGCUAGUCAGGUCUCAUAUUGAGGACCUGCUACUCCUAUUAGAUUACAAUUUCAGAAGCUGUAGGUUUAAAAUAUCUCAAUGUGUGAAUAUAUAUUCUUAACUAUAGAACAGUUUCUUAUAAUUCCACUCUUCCUCUGUUCACACUUGAGGUUUUUCCUCAUAGGAAGUAGAAUUGUUGACAUUUUUUGCAUGGACAGAUUUUUGCAGAGAAAUGACAUCACUGUCAAAAAAACAAAACAAACAAAAAAGCACAGGCUCCUGAGGUAGGCCUGCCUUAUUAUUUUCUCCAACAAAAUAUUCCCUUCACUUUUUUGACAUUAACAAAGCUAUGGAUGAGAAAUACGUCUGCAAUGAUGGUUGCCUUUCCAUCAUCAUAAUCAUUUUUAAAAGGUGCCAACUUAUUUUCACUAUAUUAUUUCACUAUUCUGAUUAAUUUCACCCCGGUCCCUGGUUUUAUUUAACACGUUUGAUCAUAACAUGUCACUUUUUAAGUUUGGUAGGCUAAAAUGUAAUGUAAAAUAUUGUGUGGGGAAGUAUGACCUGACUAACGUUACUAACUGAUCUUGCAAAUAGUUUUAAUAUGUAUUUGAUGCAUGGAUGCAUUUAAUCUUGAAGCAGUCUUUUUAAAACAAAGUGCAUUGAUAAAAUUCUGUGGAUUUUAUUUUUGUUACUAAAGCUUUUGCAACACUAAGCAAUUAAUAUACUCAAUAUGUUUUUAAGCGUGCAGAUGACAUCACUGGUUUACUAUCCGAUACUACACUGCUGGUACACUUUUUUGGUAAGAAAGGAAAGGCUGAGCUUAACUUUGAAGAUUUUUAUAGGUGAGCCUUACUUUUAAUACUUUUCAUAUGUACAAAUCCUUUUGUAUAUGUCAUAUUAGAAAUCAUACAUGCCAAUAAUAUUGUCUGUAUCCUUAAAUAUUUUUAGAAGGUAGUUUCUGUUUUUUAAAAAAAAACUUUGGAGUCUAUGGCUUCCAUAGCCUAGAACUUGAGAAGAGCCACCAUCUUAUCCAGCAUCUUAUUUUCAAAGUGACUAACCAGAUGCCUCUAGGGAGCACUUGUGAUUCCCAGCAACUAAAAACAACUUUUUGUUACCUUUAGUUUUCUGCAUAGUAUUCUGGAGUACUUAGAAAUACAUUAGUACCCCAUUUAGAAGAUCAAAAUAUGAAAAUACUAUGUGUCUUAUUUUCUGUAGUGAAUAUGAAUCAGUUCUGCAGCCACUGGUAAAUCCUGAUUUUGGGGUUUAUAUCUAUUUUGUAUUUUUUGGUCUGAAUGAUCCAGUAGUUCCAUUGCAUUAGAGCCUUUGUUUAUGCACUGAAUUCCAUGUUGAGAAUUAUCUUUACUGGAUCUCUAUAGAGCUUUGCAAUUGAUCACAAAGUUUAUACAUAGAUGACAGGUGAGAAGCCACCUUCACAGAUAAUCAGCCUCUGUCUGUAGCUAAACAUGUACUUCUGUGCCUUUUAGAAAUAAUGUAACUUUCUAAACUUAAAAGGAACAACAUCUCUUUGCCUCUCUGACAUUGAAAUCUGUGGUACAGUAGUGAGAACCUGUCCCACACCCACCCACAGGUGUUGUUGGGCUCCGACUCCCAUCAGCCCCAGCCAGUAAGACCAUUAGUCAGGAAUUACAUGAGUUGUAGUCUAGAGCUUCUUCUACUUUCCCCAUAAUUACUCCAAUGUGCUCUAAGGUCUGAUAGGGAAAAUUCUUCUUGUAAAGGCUUCACUAUUGGCUCUAGUAACAGGGACAGCUCUGUAAAUGCUGCUUUGUUGUCCUCCACAUGAAGCUGUCCUGCCUGUUCACACAGCAGCUCCAUGUGCACUUGCAGAGCUGUGGAUUGGCUCUGAUGAGAGUUGCAUCGUGUUUAUUUUCCUUGGCUUAAACUCUUUCCACAUUUAGGUAGCUUAAAACACACUGAAACCAAUGUGAGUUAAGCUGCAAUCCUAUGUAUUUACCUAAUAGUAAGACCUUUUUAAAAUAAUGGGACUGCAUUUUAAAUGGACAUGUAUAGAGUGCAAUACUAAACCAUGUAACUUUGGAAGCUUGCAGCCCUUGGCAUUAAAAUAUCUUUCUAUUGUCAUUGCUUCACAUUUUAGCCCCACAACUCACCUCUAUAUAUUUCACAAUAUUUUUGUAUGUGCAGAAAUGAUCUGCCAAUGAUAAAUUUCCUUUACUAGGUCAAACCAAGAAGUCCAUCAGCUGUUACUGAAAUUGCAAGUUUAUUAAUUUUGCAUGAAUUGAAAUGUUUGAAAUAUUAGGGGGCGGGGUUCUACAUAUGGAGUUAUAAGAUUAUUAAAUCAAUACCUCUUAUAAUUCAGGUUUAUGGAUAAUCUCCAAACUGAAGUUCUUGAAAUAGAAUUUCUUUCAUACUCUAAUGGGAUGACUACCAUCAGUGAGGAAGACUUUGCUCAUAUACUUUUAAGAUAUACAAAUGUGGAAAAUACAUCAAGUUAUCUGGAAAACGUACGCUGCAGCAUGCCAGAAGAGCAAGUAAGCUUUCAGCAAAGACCCAAACAUCUGCACGCACACACAUACACAAAAUCAUAGCCUGAUUGAAAGCACAGUUACCUGAAAAUGUCAAUCACUUCCAGUUACAUGUGCUGAAAUGUGAUACCUUCUGUUGAGCAGGUGGGAUUUGUGGGAAGGAGGGGUGGGUUGGAAUAGCCCAAAUAGUUUUGGAGAACGAAAAAUGGACAGGUCCUGUUAACCACUUAGGUUUCAUUCAUUUUCAUUGAGUUUUUGGACAUGGACAUUCUGGGUUCAUUUUGCAUCUGAAUGGUGCCUGGGCACAUAGGCAGGAAGGAGUAAUACUUUACACAACACCUUUCACUGGCUUUUGAUAUUAUCUCAGAAUGGCUAAUUAUAACAGAAUUCUUCUUUAUUCUAUUUGUAGUCCAGUUAUUUGAGUGCCAUUGUUCAUGUAGACCAUACAUCAACAGUUACACACAAGAGGGAGGUAUUGGCAGCCUCAGGGGAACCCUAAGGAGGAAACCCUUAAAACAGCCCAAUGAGGAUUAAGCAUGCACAGUGCCCAGGGAAUGCUGACUGACUGAGAGGGAAAGAAACUGAAAACCAGAUGGGAAGGAGAAUGGAAAUGAGUAACUGAAAGAUAAAUACAAAGCAAGAUGCACAGAGAUAUAAAAAUGGUAGGAAGACCCAUUUCCUUGUCUAGACAGGCCAUUUCCUGGUUCAUAUAGAUACAGAUCCUCCAACUGUCCCUAUUUCCCAGGGACAGUCCCAGAUUUACAGAAGCUAUCCUAGUUUCUGAUUUGAUCCCAGAAUGUCCUAUUUUUCCUUGGAACAUCCCUAUUUUCAUUGGAGAAAUGUUGGAGAGUAUGCAGUUAUGCAACCCCCAAGUCAAUGAGAUAAGAAACUAUACAACCUAGAGAAGACAUCUGAAGGCAGCCCUGUAUAGGGAAGUUUUUAAUCUUUAAUGUUCUAUUAUUUUUUAUUAUAUAUAAAAUGUUGGAAGCCAUCCAGAAUGACUGGGUCAACAUCUCUAUUUUCAUUGGACUAAUGUUUGAGGGUAUGUAGAUGAGUCACCAAAUGAUGAAAGUUACAGCUUCUGAUAGAAUUCAGUGGAGAAAUCAAAAGAUUUUAAAGUAGUUGGGACUGUAGACCACUGUGUCCCAAUAUGAGAAAAAAGCACACACACCCAAUGAGAACUGAUCAUGGUAAUAGGCACAGAAUGCUGACUGUCUGGGACAGAAAACCAGGGGGAAUGGGAUGGAGUGGCUGAACCAUGAAAAGAAAAACAACAUUUUUUGAAGUGCCCCACUCGUUUCUACCAAUAGUAAACUAUUGAGUGUGAGUCUUUAUGUAGCCAGGACAGCCCCAUCUACAAAGUACAAAAGGGUGGUUGAAGCGGGUUACAGAUGUACUAGGUUAGAUUGUGGCAAUGCAGUGUGCACUGUGUUGCCUUUGCUAGUGCAAAAUUCAGUAGCCAGAUAGCUGUCUUUGGUAAAACAAUUUUAGCAUGGGGCUUCUCAGUAGUGACUCCCCAUUUCUGGAAUGCUCUCCCUAGGAUAUACACCUGGGGACAUCAUUGUUUGCUUUUAGGCACCAAACUAAAACAUUUCUGUUUAACCAGGACUUUGACUGUUACUUGUAAGGGUCACAAGUUAGGGCUUUGGCGUUUGUAGUGCUCACCUUUUAGUGGGAUGGGUAGAAUUUGUCAUAAAUAUUAUUGAAUGAGUGUGUUUAGGUUGUUGGUUUUUUGAACCUACAAAAGAUGAUGUUCAACAUCAUCUAUCCUAAAUGACAUAUUAUUUAAUUGUGAUAGAAUGCCACAAAGUCCCAUGUGCAGUUUUGCCAUCUUUAGGGUAUACGCUCUUUUAACACGUUUAAUCUAGUUCUUCAGUCUCCUUAACACAGGAUCAUUUGUAGAAGGCCAGUGUGGAGUGAGUGGUUCUUAGAAGUGACUAAACAGAGCAUUUCAAAGAACUUGGGCAGUUGCAAAAGCAAAUAACCUUGCUAGCUAAACUGUUUGUUAGGAAACAAAGGUGUUGUCUGGAGUAAAUUUAAGCAACAAAGAGACAUAGUGGCAGCUAAAUGCAUCAGUGCAAACCAAUAGGGUUGAUGUUGCAGGGACUCUUUCAAGCAUGGAGUGCUUUGGAUAUCAUUCGCUUUUAUUUGUUUACAGAAAGAUCAGGUUUAACUGUUUUAGAACUAUUUGUAAACAGUUCAGCUUAUUUUCAAAUGAUCACACUUUUCAACUCUUGACAUUUUAGUUUGAGGGGCUUAAAAAAGAGGCAGUAAGCAUCAUUUAGCAGUUAGUGGUAGUUAAAAGGAGGAGAAAAACACCCAAAGUGCUUCGGUAUCAUGACACAGAUAAGGCACUCAACAAAUAUACUUAAAGGACAGUACUAAAAAGAAACAUGAAUGUGCUACAAUAAUAGUGGUAUAAACAAGCAUUAAAAAUAUAAAUACUUGUUAAAGAAUAAAAUGGGUCAUGUACCCCCACCCCCACCUAAAAAAAAGACCAAAUAUUCAGAGUUAGGGAAAUGGGAGAAAGAAUUAGAGAGCAAAGAAACCUAACUGCAUGUUUUGGAUUCUGGACAUAUCUGUAUCAUAUGCACAUAAAUCAAAGUCAUGGAUUGCUUAUCAAACUAAAAUUUAACCAUCAGUUAUCCAGAGAUCAAACAAACUAUGACCUGUUUCUCCAAAAUUUGGUUUAGUUUCAAGCUGCUGUUUCCAUGUCCCUUUGUAGCUUAGUGAGUUUCCGGGAUGGAGUGGGCAAACAAACCAUGGUUUUUAUUUUAUUUAUUUCCAUACAAACAAAUUGUGUAUACCACAUUAUAGUAACAAAACUUAUAAAUAGUUUGGUUAAGGAAGGAUACUAGGUUCAUACAUAAUGCCAAGCCAUAGGCAAAAUAAACCAGAGUGAGUAAGCCAACAAUAAGAGAUGGCUUCAGAUCAUGGCUUGUUGACAGUAAAACAACACUCAACUCCCAACUUCCCACUUGACUAGAAAACACACAAAGCACUUCCCAGCCGUGCAGGAAGCUCACACAGCCAAUUGCUCCCUCCUCCCAUCACCAUGCCAUGCCACAAAUGGUGUUCCCCGGUAAGUGGGGAACAGGUAUUACCAAUAAAGCUUCUGUCCGUUUGGCCACAUGGGAGAGGCCUGACUCCUUCUGAGAGAGGCAUUCUUUCUCUACUAGUACAAUUUGGUUUGUGGAAGCAGGAUUGCAACUUUGUCAGGGAAGGGGGCUAUGAGAGGUAUAGAACUGUCUCCAUUGUAUGCUGACUCCAUUAUCAGCUGCAAAACUGCUGCCAAACAAUUAAAGAAUGUUGCUGCUGCUUCUAUAGUACUAAUGUCAGUAUUCUUUUAUUCAUAGGGCAUUACAUUUGAUGAAUUCAGAUCAUUUUUCCAGUUUUUGAAUAAUCUAGAAGACUUCGCAAUUGCAAUGCAGAUGUAUAAUUUUGCAAACCGUUCCAUAGGAAAAGGUAAAAAUAUUUAAUGUCAAUAGUUAAUACUUUUUUAAUAUUAAAAGAAAAUAAAUCUGUUUUGUUUAAUAUUUGUGUGAGCAUCAAGUAUUGUGCUUUUUCUGCCUGUUCGACCUCUCCAAAAUCUUUUAAAUAUGUAUGUACUGCAUGGCAGUUAUCCAUGUUUGAAUCCUAUGAGACAUAAAAUGCCUCUUUGUAUCUAAGGGUUUUCUUGCCAUUUAAUAAAUAUAUGCAAGUGUGGUAGGGAAGACUCAUCUAUGAACCAUUUAUAUACUUUUUUUUUAUAUGUAUAUGCUUGUAAAGCCACAGUAGCAGUAAAUCAGAAGCUCCACAGAAGUUAAGCUGCAUGCUUCCACCUAUGGUCAAACUGUAUAUUUGUGAAUAAAUUCAAAUACUACAAGACACUAUAAGCCUCCAGCAAACCACCUCAAAUCACACGAAUGAAAAUAUACAUGUAUAUUAGAUGUAUUCUGUACUCCACAAUUAUCAUUUGCAUUAGCAGUUGCUUUUUUCCAAGAGAUCAGCUGUGCAACUAAGCUAUAAUAAGGGGCCACUUAGAACACAGUGCUCUUGACAAAUAUAUAUAUGUGAUGGAGAAUGAGUUUUUUUCAAUAAUAAGUAGUGGUAAUCACUGUGUUGCAUGAUGAUUUUGGCUAGCUGCUAAAUUUCCUUGUUUCCGUAGAUGAAUUCAAGCGUGCAGUAUAUGUAGCUACAGGUUUGAAGCUUUCAAUGCAUUUAGUGAGCACUGUCUUCAAGAUCUUUGAUGUAGACAAAGAUGAUCAGCUGAGCUACAAAGAAUUUAUUGGUAUUAUGAAAGACCGAUUGCAACGAGGGUUCAAGGUAAGAACAUGGAUUAUCUCUUAAUCACGAAAACUUAUGAAAGAGAUAUAAGCAGUCCAUAAACUAUUAAAUUUUUGCUGUUUCCAAAACUAUUUGAAAUAUAGACAUUUUUUUCAUAGAUAUCUGUUCUACUCUUCAACUUGAAAGGGUUUCAAGAACUGCAUCACAUAGAUGUGUAUUUUAUUAUUAUUUAAGGAUGUGCCAAAAUUCAUAGUGUAUGUUGUGAUAAACAGUAACAUUAGUCUGACUUUGAAAUGAAACUCAUGAUAAAUCUAUGGUUAUUAUUGAAAUUAAAACUACCUUCGUAUAUGUUUAGUUUAGUUUAGUUUAGUUUAGUUUAGUUUAGUUUACUAACCCUUAAUUUACAGAACUGGGAUUUGUUUGUUUUUUCUAUAGCCAAGUCUACAGACACAUUCUGAUCCAGCUUGCUGUUGAUCAAGUAGGUCCCCAGUUAAUCAUCUAGAAGGUUCAGUCUCAUCAUUCCAAUUUAUAGACUGGGAAAUUGAUGUCUAAAAGCUGUUGAUAGCCUGUAGUUUUAGAAGUUUAAUCUGUACUCCUGACUGCCCCCUAGAGACAAUAAAUUAACUAAAUAGUAGUCAGCAGAAAUGAAUUUUGUCACAAUGUAUUUUUAAGUAAUUCUGUAAAUACUGUUGUGUAAUUAUGCAUUUAAUUUCACAUUUUAAAUUAGGCUUAGUCUUCUAUCAAAAAUACAGUAAUCAGAUUGCAUUUAUUUAUAAGCCUGAAAUACAUGUACAAUAUAAAUAUUUUAGGUUAAUGAUUAUAAGUAGGUAUGAGCCGCUACCUACUUGCUCAGCCCAUAAACGAUUGGGCUGGACUAUUCAAACAGUUGAAAAAACUCCCUUCUCUAACAAAAAAAAUGUCUUGAAGAGGGAAUACCAGGUGGCGGAGGGCAUGGAACACAGCAGGGCUUCGCCUCAGUGGCAGAUAUCAUGAUCCUCAGCCAACUAGAAUGCCCUUCUCCAAUGUAUGGUUGUGUGUUUUCCCCAUUAGGACAUGGGAACUGCCAGGGAAGCGUGGGGAACAUAUGAGGUGGGGUGCUAGCUAUUUUGUGCUCUGCCAAGCUCAAAAGGCAACUCAAAAUCAAGAUUAAAGCAAGUGGGCUGAAUUACUCAUACAACCCCAGUUUUGAUUUCUUACAUCAUAUCUGAUCUAUGAGGCCUUUAAAGAAGGAAGAAUGAAUUUAUACACCUUCUCUAGUAAUUUGAAUUGGCAAGCCAACUAUGCAAUACCUUGCCUUCAAAAUGUGGUGACAAAAUUUAUUUCAUUGCUUGUGCUCUGAAUGUUGUUUUUUAAAAGUACCACAGUAGUGUGGAGUUGCUGAUUGUCCUUGUUAUUAGUGUUGGGUUAAAAUGUGUUGUUAGCCAAUCUUCUUUUAGCAUUCCCUAUAUACACUGUUCAUAAUUCUGAAUAUUAUGUCUCCUUUGCAAAUGUAUUAAGGGAUUUUAUAAUUGUUUUCUAACCUGAACUUUACAAAUUUCUGCUCUGAGAUCUGGUAUGUUUAACUGCCACCCUGUGGACAGUGACUGUAUUGCCAAAAUAUGUAGUGAUGUUUGUACGUAAUUUCACACAAGCUGUAUGAAAGUAGAGUAUGGAGGCUGUUUCCAUAAUACCUUAUUUAAGAUGUAGAUUCAAAAUCUUUGCUUAAAACAUGCAUUUUUUCUCUUCUUUAUGAAGAACUUUAAGAAACAACACUCUCUAUUGUAGCAUCUUUAAAAUUAAUAGUUAUUCCUAUAUUGUGGUAUCAUGCAUAAUUGCAUCACAGGUGCAUGAAUAUUUUAGCCUAAAAUUAUUUUUGCUGAGUUUUCUACACUAUGACUAACAAGUACAAUUCCUUUAUUAUUUUCAUGCCAUCUUCUCCUAACGCUCACCUUUGGCUGCCUUCACAUGAUGCUUGCACAUGCACACUUCUUUGUCUUCUUCUCAGGGCUACAAAACCCUGCAAAAAUACACCACUUUCAAAUCCUGUGUGAAGAAGGAACUCAAUAGCAGAUAAACUAUGGUAUGUCUAUGAUACACUGUGUUUCUAAAACUGUUGGUUAAAGAUUUAUCACUGUAUUUAGCUGACCUUUCAUUUGACAACUGAGAAUCAAAAUAACUGAUCAGAAAGUGAACUCUGUAUAAUUUUGUUCAGUUCAUUCAGAAUCAAAAUUCCAAUUUCUUCUCCAUUUUCCUCGGGGAACUUGUGCAUAAACUUGUUUGCUCUAGGAAUAUCUAUGUCCAAGUCUUUUGGCUUAAGUCUGGAGGCUUAUGACCCAGGACUCCUGUAUUACCUAUUUUUGUUAGCAUAUAUCAGGAGUUGCCAACCUUUCUGGGUCCAUGGGCACAUUUGAAAAUUGGAGAAAUUGUUGUGGGCACCAUACCAAACAGGCACUGCAACCUAUGCUGUUGGCUACCACAAACUCCUCCUUUCAGCACAAUUUUCAGCAUGCAGAGGGGGGGAGGUACCAGGGAAGGCCUCUAUGGGACUAUGUGUGCCCACGGGCACCACAUUGGUGACCUCUGGCAUAUAUGGAGCCAUGUUAAGCUCCAAGACAGUGUUUCCCACAACAGCACAAUGAGACCUAUACUUCAUAUAAACACGUGUCAUACAUUUGAUAGUAAAAAAUGUAUAAGCAACCGUUAGAUAUUUCAGGAUCAUUCUGCCCUGUUCCCCCAUUUAGAAAACAUUUCAUUUUUCUAUAAAGGGAGUUGCUCCAGCUCCUUGAUCAUUUCCCAGGAAAGAGCACCUUAAAAUGAUUAGGGGCCUGGAGCAUCUGCCCUGUGAAGAACCAGGGACAUUAUUGAGAUAGGUAAAAUGUAUGGUAUGGAGAAAAUCAAUAGAUUUUUUUCUCCUUCUCCCAUAAUACAAGAACACUGGCUCUUCCAAUAAUGCUGAAUGGUUGGAAAUACCAGGUAGACCAAAAAGAAGUACUUCUGCACAUAGUACAUAGUUAAAGUAUGCCAUUCACUGCCACCAAAUUGGACAUCUUUAAAAGGUGAUCAACUCAUUCAUGGAGAAUAAGGCUGCCAGUGGCUUCAUGAUAUCUAUAUAUUCUAGUGGCAGUAUGCCUCUAAAUACCAGUUGCUGAGGAGCACAAAGGAGAGUGCUUUUGUUCUCAUGUCUUGCUUAUGAACUUUCUGUGGGCUUCCUCUGGUUGUCCAGUGCGGCUGGAAUGCUAGAAUAGAUAGAGGUUAGUCUGAACCAGCAGAAUUCUUAUGUUCUGUUGUUGCCACUUAUGCACAAAAGAAAUGUGCUGUUUUAUUCUAGAAAUGUUUAAGUGUUCAUCAUACACUUCAAAUUAGAUGGAAAUUUUAGUAUUUUGAUUUUCCCAGAAGAAUAUGUAUGUUGUUAAUUAAUAUAACCUUCAUGUCCAGUAUGUAAGAGGAUUUAAUGGGUUGCCAUCCUGAACACCAUAAUGCUUCUGAGAUUGCCCUUCAUUUUAUUUAUAAGAUAUGCAUAAUUGUUGUGCAGGGUCACAGAUUGCUAUAUUCAUGCUUGUCCUCAAAUUCUGUAAAAUAGAAUUCACACAAGAAGUAUAGUUUUCUUUGCCUUGGCUAAGUGUAAUGGAACCAGGAAAUGGAGGAUAUGUGUAAUUAAAAUGCUGCCUGCUCACAAGUCACACAGCAGAUUCAGCACUCUUCUCUUGCAAGCUAUUUGCUUAUGAAUGAUUUUUAUUUCCCAUGGUCAAGUGGCUAGCUUCAAGCCUGCAUUUUUCAAUGGUUAGAGAUUUAGAGUUUUUGCUCAAGAAUCUACACUUUAUCUGGCUCGAACCUACAUUAAUUCUACAAGAGUUAAGAAUUUUAUUUUCUGCUUUGUGUGUUAAUAUUUAAACAUUUAUUUUUUAAAAAAAUUAAGGUAUCAGGACUUUUUUUUAAAAUCCUGUUUUUAUAAAACAGAUUAUUAUUUUGAAUAGGGUUAAACAAAGAUAUUGCCCUUUACCUUAGCUGUUAACAGAGGCACUGCCAGGUUUUCUUAGUUUUGUUUUAAUGUUGCAUGGUAAGGGACAUAGCCAAAACACCUAGCUCUUGUAAGCUAUUUAGAAUUUAUUGUUUUGUUUUGUAUUUUAUAUACAGACCUCCUUUAAUGUAGCUGUAAUUAUGUUUGUUUUCAUUAACAGAAAAAACCGAAAUACGGGUUGAAGGACUACUAUGUUUGUGUGAUGACUGUAACAAGCAAACACAUUAGGCAGCGUUGGAAGCAAUUUCGGAAUAGAGAUAUGCUGUGAUGGAUGGCAAGACACUUCCACUUUUGUUCACCGCUGAUGGUUUUUCUUUUUCUUCUUGGGCAUGCCUUGCAAACUGAAUGCAGAAAUCAUGAAGUUGGCAUUUAAGCCAAACAUCUUCCAGCUGUAGCUAUAUCUUAUCAUCUUGGACUGUGAUCCCUAAAGUGCCCUGCUGUAUAAUUUUCAUUCACUUCAUUAGGUGUGAGUGUCUGUGGAGUGAGAGUCAUCCUCUGAAUAUUUCUUCUUACAGGGAUUCAAGUGAAUCUUCGUAAGGAUUUUAUUUAACAAUUAGAUUUUAUUUUCUAAUUAGUCAUCUGCAGAGAAGACUUAAACAUGUACUGAGAAAUAAGUCAGUGGGACUUACUGCCAGGUAAGUGUGCACAGGAUUGCAGUCUUAAAAAGGGUUAUAUUUACAGAACACUUACAACCAAACCCAAGGCAACAAUAUUAUGAUUUAGUAUUAUCUGGUUUUAUCUUUGUGAGUUGCUUUGGAUCCAUCCUAAUGGGGGGAAAGUGUACAAAUCAUUUCUUUUAAAAAAGUAUGCAUGGGGAAACCAUUCCUGAUCUUGUGGAGCCCUUUCGAAGAAAUUAAAAUCCUGCUGAUCAGCUGUUUAGCAUGGAAGGACACGAUCUAGUCCUAAAAACAGCUGAGUUAUUUCUGCAACAGCUCCAGGUGCAGAGCCCCAAGCGUUGGAUCAGUAACAGAAACUGCACGUAUAGCACCCUUCUCCUUCUCCAGGUGGGACAAAUACAUCUAGUGUCCUGAGUUGGAGAGGAUUGUUCCACUUUAAAUAUAAUAACAAAAUGUGAAUUGUUUUAGGAAUGUAUUUUUAAAAAACAUCUGUUGUAUUUAUUUUGUUUUCAUAUGCCAUUCCAUUUUCUUAAUAUGUUUGUUAGGCUGUUAAAUGUGCCUAUAAUUAUGGCUAUGGAGGGAAAAAAUGUUUUCAUAUGAUUUUAUAAUAGGAACAUGUGGAAAGCAAAUAGGAAAUGUAAAAUGAGAUUUAUUCCGAAGCAGAAGAAAAUUUUGUAGCUCAAAGCUAUAAAGCUGCAUUCAGACCACUUUGAAACAUUAUGCUAAACAAGCUUUUAUAGUAUAGAUUAAUGUGAAAGUUAAAAUAGUUUAAACAUGGAAACAUUAUGGUACAGUGGUACACAAGCCACUUAAAUUGGAGUAUUUUAGUUUUAAUCCUGGUGUUUCUCAUUACAUUCUGUUGGACUAAAUCAAAUUUCAACUGGUUCAAGGAUAGUAGUUUUAUUGUUUAUGCUUUACUCAAUAGGUUAAUCAGAAUGUGCUGACUUCAGAUUAUAUAAUUAUGGAUAGCACUGCAACAGGAAAUGUGUUUCCUAGCCUACUUAUUCUGUGCUAUCUUAAUACACAAUCCUUGGAUCCUGACAACAGAACAUAAUUCCACUUGCAAAAUGAGGGUUCCUUGGCUCUUCCUCAUUAUAGACCCAUUUCCCUACAGAAGCAGCUCCUGAUAGUCAGAGACCCUCUGGAACCUCAGGGGGCUGCUACUGGAAAGAGGAAUCCUUGGAAAUCAGGAACAUCUCCUUGCAUGAGCAAAAGCAACUUCUGCUUGCACUUGGGCACCCUUGGUUCCAAGCCCAAGUGUUUUCUUUGCACUUUCUUUAGUUAGCUGAAAAUACUUUAGUCAUGUAGUGCAUGACUUAGUAGACAGAUGCAUUGUCCUCUGGAGUUAACUAGCAUGCAACACUAAAAACAGACCUUAAAUUUUGUGCUAGUUUGCUUCCAGUUUUGGUAGUUUCAAAACAAAUGGAAUGCCUGCAUUAAUGUUUAGUCAUAGCCUGUCACAGAAUCUUAUAAUGAUAAAGUGCCAUGAUUUUAUAUGGGUAUGUCAAUUAAAAGGUCACUAAGUAAGAAAUCAUGUGAAAACUGCAAGCAGUAAGCUGCAGCUUUCAAGACUGCUUUUUAAAAUAAAUGUUCUAUAGCAGUAGGGGGUUUUUAGAAGAUAAUGAAUGGAUACAGUGCAAUUUUCUUAUCAUAUGUGCUCUGCUGACUAGUUCACAGACUCACUUGGCAGAACCUCUACACAUGAUAGAAGGCUAGGCGUUACUUCUUCACUUACUGGUAUGUGAUGUUAGGUGCAGAUAUGCAGUUCAGGGGCUUGUGCACAAGAAUCAUACACCUUGCUGCCCGGUUUUGAGGGAUUGCUGGAUCACAAAUGAUUUUAUAUACCUAGCAAGGUGGGGCAAAAGGAGAGGUGUAUCUACACCAUUGUGCAUAGAGAAUCCUGGGCAAGAUAAAUGUAGGACCCAGCCCUAAUUUUCUAACAUUACAUGGUGGUUCUUUUGGCUUCAUUAAGGUCAAUGGGAGUAAGUUAAGAAUUUCAGUAAAAUAGAUAUUUCACUCAUGAACUUUGUAUCCAGUUAAUUAAAAUCAAUGGGAAUAUAGGAUAUAUAAAUUUGUGCUGGAUCACACCCAUAAUUUGAAACAGUGUAGUGCUGCAUUUACAAAAAGUAUGAAUUAAACAGAAGACAGAAAAAUUGAGUCAACACCAAAAGAUUUAGGGAGCAAUUUGCAGGAAGAACAUGGAAAAAGAAUAUUUAAUGAAGUUUGGAAACUAAACAAAUGUAUGCUUUCCACAUCCAAGGCCAUAGUAUAGAAAUUCUGGCUUUUCUCUUUCCAAAAUGUAUAAUUUUACAUCACUGUUACAGGGAUUAAACUACAUGCAAGAUAAAUGCAUUAAAUGCUUCUACUAGAAUCCUUCCUUUCUCUGUCUCUCCCUUUAAAAUGUGUACAAGCCAGACUACAUGGAGUUUUUUUCCAUUACAGUCUAACCUCAAUAAAUAUUCUAAACAAGUGCACAUAUUUUGUAGUUCCAGCAGUUACUUAUUUUGUUCUGUUUCCUUGUAUCAGUCCUGCCAAAGUUACAUGUCUCCUAAGACGCUGUUUUCACCAGUACCCCUCCUGUGGGCUUGAAUGGAUCAGUGGGAUUGGGUAAAGAUGCCUUUGGACAUUGCUUUUUCCGUGGUUGAAAUAGGUGUGCCAAGCCAAAUUUUUGUGUUUGCCUUCUGAAACUAGUCCCAAAAUCUCUCUGCUUGCAUAAAAUGCAUUGUGAUCCUAAUGUGAUAGUCAUCCCCCUGAAGCUGCUCUAGCUUACCUUUGAACAAGAGGCAUCUUCUGUGUCCCCAUCUUUACCAGCACAGUAUAUUGUACAAGAAUCCUGGUCUUACUCCAUUCCUUAAAAAGCUUACCAAAUUCUAGUAAUAAAGUAGUUCCUGUAUAUAUAUUUUAUUAAUGGUGACUCAUCACUUAUUGAACUGUGUAUAAGAGUCAGUAUGAGUUAGAAAUAAUUUUACUGGGUAAUAAAAAAAUAGGCAGGGAACUAUAUACACAUAUCCCGUAAAAGAGGC